GUUGGAUUCAAAAGGUUGGUCCUGCUGAGAGCAACAUUGACGACUGACACGAAGCUACGAAGAUAUCGGUCGGAUUUUUCGCAUUGGAGAGGGCGAACAACAAUGAAGUGGUGAAGCAAAAGUGGUGAAGUUAAAUUCAAAAGGGCAGCAGCAUGUCUUCGUGGCAGCAGCAGCAACAGCAGCUGCACCAGCAACAGAGAGAGCUGGAAGCUCAGCAGCAAGCCAGGCUUCAGCAGCAGCUGGCUGGAACGCAUCAGCAUCUUCAGCAACGACAGCCGUCUCCGAGCGGUCCCAUGUUCACGUUGGGAACUUACGGUCAACCGUCGCAUUCGCCAAGGAGUGCAGCGGAACGCGACCAAGCCGUGCACACCAUCAUGGAGCACUUGCCCCCAUCGCCGACAGUUCAACGUCGGGUUCCAACCCAGGGUGCGGCUCAGGCUCAGGCCCCGGUUCCAACCCCGAGUCAGGUCCAGGGGCCUGCUCCGUACACGGUUACUGUGUCUGCAUCCUCCGUGACGUCAGCUGUGACGUCGACCUCGAGCUCUAUCGUGACGACGACUUCGAGCUACCAUCGUGACGUUCUGCCCCAGUCUGCUGGUCAACAUGUGUGGACCGAUACGGUCAUUGUGGAAUACCGAGAUCCUCAGGGUCUGACGACGGCUCAGGUGAUCGCUGCACAGUCUCAGGACUACGUCGACGAGAAAGAAAUGGAGUACAAGUUGGCCAUUCAACAACUGCAAGAUGAACAAGAACGAGUACAGAAGAAAGUCUUUACAAACUGGAUUAAUCACUGCCUGGCUCAACGAGUGCCUCCAUUGCGGGUGGAUAACCUCAUCGAAGACCUCCGGGAUGGAACAAAGCUUUUGGCCCUGCUCGAGUACUUAUCUGGCGAAGUAUUGCCAAGGGAACGUGCCCGUAUUCUGAGGCGACCUCAUUUCCUUAGCAAUGUCAACACUGUCCUUAGGUUCCUCGAAAAACGACGGAUCAAAUUGGUUAACAUCAAUGCAACGGACGUGGUGGAUGGCAAGCCCGCCAUCUUACUCGGCCUUAUCUGGACAAUCAUUCUACAUUUCCAGAUUGAAGAGAACACGAGACUGCUGGGCGAACAGUCCGCAGCGUGGGGUGAGCAGAGCUCGACGGAGAGCCUGACUGCCAGCCCCGCUACUCCAGUGACCGUACCGAGCAGUAGAGCCGCAGCAAAGGCAGGUUCUCCGCUUCAUAGGGCAACGCCGCUCGAACGCUGGCGCGGUGGGGCACGCAAGGCACUGCUACAUUGGGUCAAGAACAGCAUCAGCCAACGUUUCGGCAUCCAAGUGAACGACUUCGGUCCCAGCUGGCGCGAUGGCCUCGCCUUCAUGGCCAUCGUCCAGCGUAUCAAACCCAGCCUGGUGGACAUGGAUGAGGCACGUCGGAUGAGCAACCGACAGCGCCUCCAGACUGCCUUCGACCUCGCGCGAGACCACCUAGGCAUUGCUCGUCUGCUGGAUCCAGAAGAUGUGGAUGUGGACCAGCCCGACGAGAAGUCCAUCAUGACGUACGUGGCGCAGUUCCUGCACAAGUAUCCAGAAACCUACUCGACCGGCGAAGAGCCCGUGACUACAUCCCUGGCGUCACCUUUGGCCACAGUACCACCCAUGGUGCCGAUCACUUCUAUCACACCCGUCAAGGCUCCGAUGACCUUCGCUCCAGCGGUGACCCCUCAGCGGCCGGUGAUCACCCCGGUGAUCCCGCCGCCAACGGCACCCAAACCGACGAUCGCGCCAAAGCCACCAGCAGCUGCAUUGCCGCCUGAUGACACAGCGGCGUUGAGGAUCUUUUUGGACAAUGCUGAGAAGACGUUGGAAGUUCUGAGUGGCCCCGUGACGAACCUCAAAGAAGAGUACAUGCUAUACAUGAACCUCUGCCAAGAUUUGGAACGUCAUCGUAGUCUUCAUGACCAGCUGGACCGCAGGGCAGCUCGAGGAGAUCGCCCCGAACUGUCACAAGCUUGGCCUGCGCUGGAAAACCGCUGGCAGAACGUGGAAGAUUCUCUUAGGAGAUGGAAGUUGCGCUUGGAUGCUGCUCUCCCUGGGCGCCUCGCCCAGCUUGCCGAGUGGCUGGCUCAAGCUGAAGAAAGGCUGCGAACGGAACUGCUGCCUAAUGCACGUCCUGAAGAUAUGUCUCAAGUGGUCGCAAUGAAACUACAAGAAUACGAUGUAUUCUUCACGGACCUCGAUGAAGUUCGGCAGUGGUUCUCGUCCCAGAAGUCUUCACCAGAAGUCUCGGCGAACGUCUCUCCGCACCACAUUCGAGACCUGGAAAUCCGCUUGGAUCACGUGUCCAGAACUGCACGCAAGCGCCAUUUGCGGCUGUUGCUGGAGGCUGCCAAGUGGAAGCUGCUGGACUUUCUUCGUAACGUGGAAAAUAAAGUCUCCAGGCUCGAGUCCAAGCUCGGAGUCAAGCAUGACGUCGAAGGACUGCAGAUACUUUACAAGGAUAUGCUCGAGAAAGAAAAAGUCUUCGAGAAGUUCGAUCUCCUCUUCAGAGAGUUCCAGUUUUCGAUCGAUACUUCCCAACGAGGUGGUGCCCUCGACUUUGAAGAAGCUGACCAGAUGGGUAAGCUUCUGUCAGACGUCCACGACCGCUGGAGUAAGCUAAGCACGCGGCUACGAACGGCUGGAAACACAGUGACUCAGGCACUGGCCCACUGGAACCGAUAUGACACGCACUACGAACCAUUGGUCAGCUGGCUUGACCAAGUUGAAAUGAUUCUUCAAGGUCCGCCUGAGAAGCACCAGGAGUACUUUGCCGACUUACCGUCCUGGAACGAGAAGAAGAACGCUGUCGUGGAAUCCGGCGAAUUCUUGGUCGCCACAAGCAGAGACGACGUCGCUUCACCUCUUAGAGCACAGAUUAUGUCAAUAAAGCGGAGAUGGGAUGUCUUAUAUCCGCAGGUUCAUGGAUUCCUCAGUAGUGGUAAAACCAUGCAGACUUCGCAAGAGUUUGACGGAGACUUAAGCCACCUUCGGAGCUGGCUGCAGAAUGCUGAAUCCCUUCUGUCUGCCCAUGUGCCUUGCAAGCGUGAAUACCUCGAUGAACAUACGCAGGCAAUACGCAAACUUCAAGGCGAAGUCGAAGAUAAAGAAACACUGUACAAGAAUGCGGCCAAGAAGGCACAAGCUCUUGUACGUGACCUUAGUCGCCGAGACGUAGAAACAAUGAUGGCAGAUCUCAAGAAGGAGAAGGAAUCACUUGUGCGCGUGGGAGCCAAAGCAGCGUCUAGGCUUCGCUCGGUUGUGCAGCUCCAAACGAUAUUGGAUGCCCUCCAGAAGGACCUCGGUGACCUGGACACUUGGCUUGAUCGUGCUGAAGAUACGAUCGCUACAUACAGCCCUCCAACGUCUCAGGACCAAGUGAAAAGACAACUGGAGAAACAUCGGGCAUUCUUCUGCCAAGCGCCCCAGUACAAAUCAUUCCUGGACAAGAAGAACAGACUUCAUCGCGACCUGCGUGAAGAAGUCGGAGCGAACGCUGGAAUCGACACAUCCGAAAUCGACGAACGAAUGGCCGCUCUUAACGACAGAUUUGAGAGCACCAUAACUCUAGCACAUCAGUGGGAGAGAGCCAUGGAAGAAGCAGCAGCCCGUUGGGAACACUUGAACGAGUCCGAAUCCCGAGCGCUGGAAUGGCUUAACAAGGCUGAGAAGCAUUUGGCUCCAGAUCGCGACCUUGAAGCAUCUGAGGCGUUCUUCAGCAAGCCGCACGAGCAUAUCCUGUUGAGCGUCAUUCAGGCAGGCAAGGACGUGCUUGCAACCUUGCCAGAGGAACUUCAUCCUCCCAUCGAGAAACGGGUGAAGCACGUCAAGGAAAAGUGGAAGUCUGUUCAGGAUAGACUUCCGCAAGUGCAGGACGACCAGACUUUCAAUGCCCUGCGCGACUCCUUCACGAAGCACAUCUACAUUUUGGACCUGGAGCUCAGGGAGGAACAGACGCUCUUGGAGAAGGGAGAAAAACCGGAGGCUCUGCUGCAAAGACAUGAGACUUACUUCAACAGCUCCAAGGACAUGGGCGGCAUCCAAGACUGCCUGGAAGAGAUGCAGGAAAUGUCAAAGGACUCCCCCGCCCGUCAGAGGGACCUGGAGAAGCGUCGCGAAGAUUUCGAACGACUUCACGACCGCAUUGUAAACAUGGACCGUGUACUGAGACGCGGACCGUCGCAGUGGUCCGACUAUUCCAAGAGGUUCAGCGAGCUGAACGCAUGGAUGGACGAGCUUGACAAGCGCGUCCAGAAGCUUGUGGAGAGCGACUCCAGCUCUGCAGAGGCUUAUGAGGCUGCGAGGGCGGAGUUCAUGGACAUCUGUGCGAACGUUGAAAGCAGACGUGGUGACCUGGAAUGGCUGAAGGAGCGUCUGGAAGCCCUGAUGCCCACCUUAGAACCUAGAGAAGCCCAACGAGAGAGGGAUCGGUUGGAGAUGCUCUUCUCUCGAUACCAGGCACUUCUGCCCACUCUGGAGACCACGACCGUCAUAUCGGAAACAGUCUCCAAGUGCUUCCUCUAUCGAGAAGAGGUUAUCCAAGUGACACGCCUGCUACGUGAGGUUAGAGACCUGAAGCCUCCAGAAAUCCCAGCUGCUAACCCAGAAAAGCUACAAGAGAUGGUGCAGCAGCAGAAGGAGGUUAUUCGACAGCUGGAGGAACUGCAGGGCAGUGUGCAGGAACGCAUCGAAUCCGGGAAGACCCUGCAGGCUGAAGCGGGGGCCCCGGAAUUCGUGUCCAAAGAAGUGCAACAGUUGGAGCAAGAAUGGACACAAGUUUACAAGGAAGCUGUUGACAGACUCCACAAAAUGACGACCGACAGCAACCGCUGGCAAGAGUUCGAAACCCAACGAGAAGAAUUGAUGCGACGCUUGACACAAGCUGAAGAGGAACUCAGGUCGUUGGGAGAUCUUGCAGAUGCUGAACAACGAAAAUUGGAGGAGUACAUUCGGGAAAAACAGGAACUUGCACGCAAACUGCAAGAAUCCAUCGAAGAAAUGCUGGCCCGUCUCCGUUCUAUCGUGGACGAACUGUCACGCGAAGCAGGUCCGGAGCAGCAGAGCCUCCUUCGCUCUCAGUUGGAACAGACGGAACUUCGAACAACCACCGUGCUCACCACGGUCCGUGAGAGCGUCAUCGAGAUGGAAACGACCGUUCGACGAUGCAGCGAGCUUCUGGACAAGGCGACGCAGAUUGCUGAUGGACUUGACUCCCUGCAGCGGCGUCUCGAUGCCCCCGACGGCCCUGUGUCCGAUCGUGUUGAAGAAGUCAAGGACCUUGAACAAGAAAUCGUCAAGAUGACGUCAGCGUUGACACAACUCGAGAACGAGUCUCAAGACCUGUCCUCACGACGUCCUCAGGCGACCCUGCACGAACUGCAAGAACAAACGACCGUUCUCCGGUCACGUCUUUCAGAACUGGAUCAACGAGGCAAGCAAAAGGAAGAAGACCUGAGCCAAAAGCAAAAGGUCCUGAUGGAAAUCAGGGAAGAAACCGUGAAAGAAGUCAAGGCUGUCGAAACAGCUGAAGCAUCCGUGGAACAGGGAGCGCCAAAGCCGACGACUCUGGGUGAUGCUAAGAAAAAGCUGGAGGAGGUCAACGAUUUCUAUGACGUCACACAGAAGAAGAUCAAGGAGAUAUCUCAACUGCUGAAGAAAGCAGAGCCCGAGAAGGAUGAGCCUGACGGACGUGCCCUCUAUCAGAGUCUGUCUGAGCUUUUGGAUCGUUGGAACCGAAUCCUUAGCGCGCUUCAGGCAUGGAAAGACAAUCUUGGAUCCACAGUCCAACGCUGGGAAACCGUCACAACUGAAAUGGAGGAACUGGUCACGUGGACCACGAAGACUGAAGAACAUCUGGACAAGGUUCCACAGACAGCUGCGCCAGAAGAAAUUGAAGUUCACAAGACGGACCUCAAGAACCUAGCCAACGAGGUAACGGAGAAACAGAAAGUGCUGAGCGACCUCCAGCGCAACAUCGACCGAUUUGAAGACACACUUUCCCACAAGGCAUCGAGCAAUCUACAUUCUCAGGUUUCAGAACUCCAGAAACGCGCCAAUGCCUUGGCUGAAAAGAUUCGGCAACUUCUGAGCGAGCUGACGGCUACGGCAUCCGAGAGGGAAGAAGCAUUGCGCGGUCUGGAACGCAUACAGCAAGCUCUGCAGCAGUUGCAGACAGCAGUUGAUUCUGGACGCGACGUGCAUCUGGGUCAUGUAGAUACCUGCCUAAGACGACUUCAGACCAGCUUAAAUGACGUCAUCCACCGGAAGAACGAACUGGAAACACUGAUUGAGACUGUGGCCAGCAUGCGUGAGACCCUCGGUGCCGCUAAUCUGGAGCAGAUAUUGAAGAACAUUGAAGCUCUCAAGAAAGUUCUUGACGAACUGCAAGACCUCCUUAAGAAGCGGGAAGAGACGUUGCACAAGGUUCAAGACUUUCAGACGUGGCAACGGGACUUCAUCGAGCAGGUACGGCUCCUGCAGCAGAACGUCGAAUCUCAGAAGGCCGAGCCGGACACUCUGCAGCAGGCUCAGAAAGACAGCGAUACCCUGACCUCGCAACUCGACGAAAAAGUGACGGAAGCUGACCGUAUCGACAAGACGGUCAUGGAAGUGCAGCUAACACUGAAAGAACAGACGACCGGUGAUACCACAACUUUGCGCCGCGAAACUGAGAAGCUACGCGUGCCUCAUGACCAGCUGCAAGAUGUCCUGCAGCAGAAGCAAGGGGAAGCAAGCAAGCUGCAAAACCAAUGGAACGACUUCGAGAAACUUCUCAACAGGCUUCACGCCUUUGUCAAAGAAACGUCUGAACGGUUGAAAAAUCUUCGUCCGCAAUCAAGCAACAUGGAGAGCUUGGUGAAAAUGAUUGACGUCGUUGAGGAAGUACAGCAAAGCGUGACGGAGCAACAGACACAAUACAACCGUGCUCAGCAACUGGGCAAAGGGCUUAUUGAGGCAGACUCCUCGUCGUUCCCUAAAGUCCAGUCACUCCUUGGUAACCUGGCUCAAGCAUGGGAAGGCCUGAACGCGGAUGCCGCGCGUGCAGACAAGCUGCUGGCCUACGCGCGUGCGCUUUGGCAGGAAUGCCUUGCCUUGGAGAAUCAACUUGACCAGAGGAUGGCGCAGGCUGAUUCUGUUCUCAAGGAAGCGUCGAAUGUUACUCCGACGGAUUUGGUUCAAGCCAACUCCCUGACAGAGAAGGUUAAGGUGUCGAGCGAACAGAUUCGCACUCAUCGUACGACACUGGACACAUACGUCCACAAGACCCGCGAACUUGCCGAACGAAUGGAGGCCCUGGAUGGGUUCGAAGCUGUUCCCGUCAGAGAAGCGCUGGAAAUCAGACAGCAGCGAUGGAAUAAGCUCCAGGAAGAUCUCCGCAACCGUCUUAAGGACCUGGAGGCCCAACUGGCUCUCUGGAGACAGUUGGAAUCAGCGCAGGAGGAACUGAAGACCUGGCUGAAUGACGUCUCUUCAGCCUUGCGGGAGGCCCAAGGUCUUUCUGAGGGUGAACGUACACGGAACGCACUUGAUCGUUACUACAUCGAAUUGGAUACCCAGAAAAACAUUUACACCGACAUGUGCACGAAGACGGACUCCCUGGCGGAGUUGAAUCAGGGAAGGGAAAUUCCAGUCCUGACAACAUCGCGCGAGGAAAUUGGCUCCAAGAUGACGGAAGUACAGAACCUGGCGGAAGAACUGGAGAAGGUCCUGGGCGAAGUCAGGAGGGACGAGACUGACAUCAAGGAACGACUCCAACGCUUCACCGAAUGGCUGAGGCAAAGGCGUGACUCCCUCGCACGGUGUGAAGGAACUGCAGGAUCGGACGAACUCAUCUUGCAACGGCUGGAGGAAUGCAGGAAACUAGAAGACGUGCUGCAGAAGAACCAAGACUUGCCCCAAGUCGAAACGAAGGUGACAGAACUGAGGAAGUCUCAUCCGACCAUAGACUUACGCCACCUUCAGAAAGAGGUCGACAACUUGCACAAGAGAUGGGACGCAGCGAAGACCCAAGCGUCGAAAACGUGCACCAAUCUCUUGGCUGUCCUGGAGCGCCAUCAGAGGGCGGCCCAGAGCGAACUCCAACGGUGGCUCACUCAAGCCACGGAGAAAGUAAACUGGUGCAACUCGGACGCAGCCCGCGAUCGCUUCAACCUCGAGGCCAAGCUCGUUACUCUACAGGAGGUUGAGUCUAGCCUGGAGCAGGGCGAACAGCGCUACCAGCAGUACAAGGAAGCCACGUCCCUGCUGAGCCAGGUGUGUCCAGCGGACCGCGUUCAGCCUCUGCAAGAAGAGAGCGAGCACAUCGAGUCCGAGUGGAAUAACCUGGUGUCUUCACUCUCCGAUGGCCGUGAUCGUCUGGAACGUGGCCUAGCACUGUGGCGUCGUCUGGAAGACAUCCUGGACUCCCUGGGACAGUGGCUGCGCGAUGCGGAAGCCCGCGCUAAGAGUGAGGCUUCGCGCCAACGGGACUUGGAUUUGCUGCCGGAUCAGCAGACCAUUCUGCAGAAACUGCAGGAGGAAGUUGUUGGGCAACACAAGACAUUGGAAGAACUCCAGAAUGUCGCCGCUCGCAUUGCUGUGGAGACACCAGAUUCGCACGUCGCUGGACAGGUCUCUCAAUUGACUACGCGUCUUCACAACUUGGAAACGACAUUGCAGGAUUCAAUGGAAAACUUGAAACGGCUUCAACAAACAAAAGCCGACUAUGAACGUGCCAAACAGGAGCUACACUCGUGGCUUGCGGACAUGGAGACAACCAUGAACUCCUGCAAGGACACCACUGGGGACAAGGCUGUAGUUGAGAAGAAACAGAAAAUACUUAAGGACCUUCUUAGUCGCAAGCCAGAAGGCCAGGCUCUUCUGAACUCCGUGACAGACAACGGUGAGAACAUGUACCUGACGCUGAGCCCCGAAGGCAGAGACAGAGUCCGCCUGGAAAUGCGAAGCCUCCGUGAUGCCUGGGAUGCAUCGUGGGAGCGUCACGGCGCCCUGGCCAAAGGCCUUGAGUCGGCUCUCAUGGCUUGGUCAGGCUUCCAGGAGAGCUGUACUCAAGUAGCAACUUGGCUGACAGAGAUGAACAGCUUGAUUGGAUCGGACGUCGAACUCAAACCAACUCUCUCUGAAAAGCAGCUGCAGCUGCAGAACUUCAAGGCCCUAUCGCAAGACGUGACGCUACAUCAAUCCGUGGUGUCCCGACUGAAGGAGAAGGCCCACGAGCUCCCUGACUUGGGCGCUGCUCAGCAGGUACAAAACCUCGAAGGGAAUUACGAUUCCUUAUGCACAAGAAUGAAGAACAACAUAUCUGUUUGCGAAGAGCGUGUGUCGAAGCACGAAACGUACAAGCAGAACCUCGACCACUUCCUGGACUGGCUGACGACUCUCAGAGCUUCAGCAGACACGCUAGCAGGAGAGGGGGAUAUUGAGGCUACCGAAACCAAGAUGGCUGCGCUCGGGAACGUGCUGAACGCAGAAGAAGAGGCUACACGGCGCCUGUCUUCCUUACAACAAGCUCUCGAAGACGCCGUCAUCCCUGGAACUAGCAGCCCAGGACACGACGCCCUCCGUAAGGAGCUCGAAGCUGCUCGUACGCAGUGGGAAGUAUUGCUCCGAACAUGCCGGGAGGGACGGGACGCGUCGGCGGAAGCCCUGAAGAAGCGAAAGGAAGCAACGGAAGCCCUCGAAGCGCUCGAGGCAUGGUUGAAUGCUCAACAGGCUCAACUGCGAGAUCAGGCACCUCGCAAUUCUGCAGCUACGAAACGCCAGCAUUUGGAACGUCUUCAGGAUCUCGAACAAGAAACGCUUGCCCGAGAGAAUGAUUUCACGUUGCUCUCUCAGCAAGUGCAAUCGCUUCCAUCUGACACCGUACUUGCUCCUAGAGCUGACAAGUUACGUAGCCGGUACCACGUGCUCAAGAACAACCUAAAGGAGGCAGUCUCGAAGUGGGAAUCCCUUACAAAGCACCACGAGGCUUUCGACAGUAGACUUACAGAGUUUGAGGCUUGGCUACCAGAGCCGGAGAAGGCGCUGAAGGAAGUCUUGAGGCCCACAGGGGACCUUCCUGCUAUGCAGAAGAAGAAAGCUCAGCUCGAGGCCCUGUGUGACCAACUGGCUCAGAAGAGUACUGCAGUGGAUGACUUGGUGGAAGCAGGGGAAAAGCUUUAUCCCUACACGGCGCCUGAUGGACGUGAAACUGUCCGACAGCAGCUCAGGAACGUGCGUAGUCGGUGGGAGAAACUGCAGGAAGAAGCCAACGAGGCCUUGGGAGCCUUGGACGGCGUCUUCCAGCAGGCAUCAGCUCUGGCACAGAGCAAAGAGCAGUUGGCUCAAUGGCUGAAGGAUACGCGAGCAACACUGGCUGCUGAACCAAAGGCGACCUUACAAGAAAAGAAAGCUCGCCUUCAGACAAAUAAGGUGGUGCACCAGGACAUCCUCUCUCACAAGUCUAUGGUUGACAGCAUUCGGGAGAGGGCUUCACAGUUAUCAGGAGCGGCUGAUGACAAAGACCUUGGAAGUGAUGUCGAAACUCUGGUUCAGAGCUAUGAUGAGACAUGUACCAUGUCAGAGAAAUUGCUCGACGAAGUUGGAGUGGCCGUUGAAGACCAUCAGCGCUUCUUGGACUUAGUCAAGGAAUUCCAAGACUGGGUACAGAAUCUCCUGGACCAGUUGCAAGAUCUGAAAGACACUAGCGGAGAGCAGAAGGUCGUGCAGACACGUCUUGACCAAGUUACGGAGCUGCAGAAGAAGUGGGACGAAGGCGAGACUAUGCUGAAACGGAUCGAAGAGCAAAGAGAGCGUGUGGCGUCCCACUCCUCAGAGCCAGGACGAGCCCUGCUCACACGAGAGGUGCAAGAGCUGCGGGAACUGCAGGAACGGUCGCGUAGCAACGCUCAGGAAGCAGAACGUAACCUGGCCAAUACGCUUCAGCAAUGGGUAGCCUACCAGGACAACUUGGCAGCUAUUUCUGCCUGGUUGACAGAGAUGGAACAAGGACUGCGAGGCCCUCAGCUGGCGAACUCACUCGAUGAGAAAGAAUCCACCUACAACCGUCUGAAGCACCUUCGCAGCCAGAUCACUGACCAUCAAAAGACAGUGGACAGCUUCGUUGAUGAGGCGCACUGCUUACUGCAAGUUUCUGGAGUUGAAGUUAUCCGGUCACAGAUGGCGCAGUGCAACUCUCGCUAUCAGACAUUGCUCGGUACAGCCAAGACGUUAGUGUCGCGCUGGGAAGGCAUAGUCAAGGAUCACCGGGAAUACCAGAAGGUUCUGUCAGACUGCACUACCUGGUUGGACAACGCGGAGAAGGGACUUCAAGAUCUGCGUGCCAUGACGAACAUGGAUGACAGGAAUAAUUUGCUUAGGGCACUAUCCAGCGCACGUCCUCAAGGUCUGCAGAAGGUACAACUGGCAACCCACGUUGGAGAACGUCUGUACCAAGACACAGCUUCUACAGGCCGUGACAAAGUUCGCGCUGAGCUCCGGACUGUGAGGGACCGCUGGGACGCCCUUGAAGUAGAGCUGGUCGAUCUUCAAAAACAACUGGAGAUGCUGAGCCAAAACUGGCACGCAUUUACGGACACGCUCAAGCAGAUCAUGGCUUGGAUUGAAGUGACCGAGAAAUCUCUUCAAGAGGAAAAAGAGAAGCCAGUGACACCAAAGGACCUGCAUGCACGUCUUCAGGCAUGCAAGAUGUUACAACAACAGUCAGUCUUACAAGAAAGACAACUGGACUCGCUCCAAGAGAAAGUGCAAAGUGGAUCCGUCCCUUCGAAAGACGAAAAACCAAUUGCACAAUUGCAAGACGCGACGAAACGUUUUAGUAUCCUCUCCGAAGACCUGAAAGAACACUUGAAGUCGCUGGAUCAGUUGCUCUCCCUUCUGCAAGACCAGCGUGACAGACGAGACCGGCUUUCUCAGUGGUUGCACCAGAUGCAAGAACGUCUGGCGCUUUGCCGAGAUUCAGCGGGAAGCCGUCCCACACUCAAAGCUCGCCUCGAGAAGCUUGAGGAGCUCGACAACCAGCUUCCAGAAGGUCGCGCCCAGGUAUCCACGCUGCUGGAGCGCACCACGGAACUUGCCCAGAGACUGUCACCAAGAGAUGCUGCACCGAUGGAACAAGAAGUGUUGUCUCUUGAAGGAGCGAUUGCUCAACUGGUCACGGAAGUAGAAGAAGCUAAGCGCACACUCGAGGCCAACCUGCGUCAGUGGGACGCGUACGAGGAACAGUACUCUCAACUCGCUCAUUGGUUGCAAGGGGCCGAAGCGGCGCUGUCGAAGUUUGCGCUGUGCGCCACACUCGAUGAAAAACGGGACCAGCUGGCUGAGUACCAGCAUCACCUUGACCACUUAAAGGAUGCACAGCACUCCCUGCCCAAACUGCAUGAACUAGAUGUAUACCUGAAUCAAGGACUUCUGACCGAGGUUCGAUCCUACGAGCCAAACUUUGAUUCCUUAUCGGACAAGUCUCAAGAGCUGAUAGCGUCCAGUGGUGAGAUGCGGCUGUCCAUGGCGGUCGCCCAACUUGCUUCUAGGUUCCAGUCGCUCCUUGGGACAUGCAAGGAACUGGUGCGCAAGUGCGAGCAACACGUAGAAGACCACCUCCAGUUUCAGAAGAAGCACAACGAGUGUUCUAAAUCGCUCGGUGAGGCGCAGCAGAUCUACGCGGAAAUCGUCUCUCUUUCGAGCGGGAACAAGAACAGCCUUGUCACGAAAGUCAACAAGAUCAAGGACCUGUUGCAGAGGAAGAACAGCAACCUGAAUCUCCUGAACGCAACUGUUCAAGCAGGAGAACAGCUUCAGGUGGGCACCUCGCCAGAGGGCUGGGAGGCGACACAGGCUCUCCUGCAUCAGCUGCAGUCCACUUUCGACACCAUAUUCGAAGGUGCGCAGCAACUGGAGAGGUCGCUGCAGGCGUCCCUCUUCCUGUGGUCUGAGUACCAGGAUGCCAUUCAGAGACUGCAGAAUUGGCUUGAAGCCGCACAGAGACAGAUGGAAGGAGCCCCCCGUCUGGGGACCACGCUAGAAGAAAAAAGGACCAACUUACGUACAUACAGAACACUGUUAGCGGACGCCCAGGAACACCAGCCCGCUGUAGAAGACCUGGUGGCGAAGGCCGAAGCCAUCUCUGACCGUGACGCCGAGUCUGAAGAAGCCCUCAAAACUAUCGUUGAAGGACAUCGGAAGCACAUUGAAAACGUUCAAAAUGCCGUGGCCACUCUAGAGGACGCAGUGCUCCAACAUGAACGUCUCAGCAAGCUGGAGACGGACGUCCGGGAAUGGCUGAACGCAACUCGAGAGCAAGCGACCACGUUGUCCGACAGGAACCUCGAUCGCCUUGCCCUCUACGCCAAUCAAGAUCGCAUCAAGGCACUGACAUCCAGCUUCCCAGCACACGAAGAGGACCUGCAACAUGCUGAAGAACAACUGCCGUCAGUCUUGCAGGGCACCACUUCGUCCGGACAUAACGUCGUCAAGGGCGAACUUGAUGCUCUGAAAAGCCUCUGGCAGGACACGUACAACUUUGUGGUUUCAACUGAAGAAGAACUGGAACAACUCCUCAGUGAAUGGAAGCAGCAGGAAGAACGCGUAGAAGUCAUGACUGCCUGGGUUCGAGACCAGGAAGCUCAAGUUCAGGGAACACUUUUGGCUGACAGCUUGCCAGCGAAGCAGGCACAGCUGGACCGUUUACGGGAAAAAUUGAAGGAUGUUGAGUCUAAAGAACUUGAGAUCGAUGCAUUGACCGACAAAGUGCAGCAGCUCCAGCGAGGCCAAGGUGCACGCCGCAUGAGCAGGCUGUCGGACCUGGGACUGCGUUACCAGCAGUUACUUUUAGCAAUCAGGGACGCGGUCAGCAAAUGGACACAGUACGUUUCCAACCACGAGACACUGGACAAACAGUUCAGCGAAGCUCGGCACAAGAUUGCUGACGUGAACGAGAAGCUCACACGAUGCGAGGCAGCCGAUGGCACAGUUCCUGAUCUGGAAGAACGGCUGUCUAACCUCGAGGAGCUGAUCAAGGGCAAAGAGGAGCUAGUGUCCCGUGUGCAAGCAGCGACGGAGCAGUGUCAGACAGUGCUCGGGGAGACGGCACCAGCUGGACAUGCCCCAUUGGGCCACACUGUUCAGCAACUAACGGAAGACAAAUUGACGCUCCUCCAACGUCUUGCUGCAGCUCGUUCGGCACUGGACGAAGCUCUUCGCCUUUGGACCGGCUUUGGAGCACUUGUCGAUCAGUUGAAGAGAUUGGUCGAUACCUCCGAGGCGUCUCUUUCUGAUGCCUCGCGACUUCAGGAAACUGUAUCAGAAAAGAAGGCUCUCCUAGACAAAAUCAAGAACCUCGAACACAAGAUCCAGCAAAGCCAAGUUGAAGUGGAAAGUCUCAAGGUUCGCACCACAGAACUCUCUAACGAGCACCCGCACAAUGACUACAUCGCUCGUGCUAAGGGCGUAAUUUCACGCUUUGAGACCCUACAAAAGAAGACAAAGGAACAAGUGACUGCAAACGAAUGUGCCUACAGGGACCACGUAGCUCUUAGAAGCGCCUGCGAAGAUCUGGUGUUGUGGAUGAGACAACUUCGUGAGAAGAUUCCACCUUUCACACGGUCUCUCAGUGAUCGCCUCAGUCUCGAGACCAGUAUUUCUGUUAUGGAUGAACUCCUGUCUAAGAAGGCAGAAGGCAAGCUGAAGCUCGAUGAGGUGCUUCAAACCAGCGAAAAGGCCAAGGAACGCAGCUCAGAAAACGGCAAGAAGCUGAUCGAUGCAGACGCAGGAGCACUGGAGAAAGAUUUCUCAGAUCUCUUCAGCGAAGUUGAAGGCACAAGAGCUAAGCUUGAAACCACCUGCACACAGCUGAAGGAAUUCCGUGAAGAGUACGAACGCGUUGGAGAGUGGCUGCAACUCAUGGAAGACGACGUGAAGAGCCAACGACAGGUGUUGUGGCCCACGCAGCAAGAGAAACAUCAAGCUUUGAAGAAGGCUCAGGGCCUUGUAGAGGAGCUGGAGAAAGGACGGGAAGCUGUGGACAAGGUGACCCUCUUGGCGCAAGGUCUACUAACGUCCCAUCUGGAUACUUACGUUCGUAACCAGCUCACCAUCCUCAACUCUCGCUACCAGGUUACACUGAACUUGGCCAAGGACUUACUUAACCGGGCAACGGACACGCACGAGAAACAUGAACAGUACGCUGCUGCACUUGAUGCUGCUCGAAAAUGGAUAGAGAAGAUGAGCGCAGCAGUGCAGGAAUGCUCAGCUCCUACAUCGGGCAAGGAAGACGUAGAGAAGCUCUUGGUCAAGAUUCAGGAUAUGGUAAGGAAGCAAGACGAAGGGAACUCCCUUGUUCACGCUGCCCUGAAUGCCGGAGAAAAGACACUGCGAAGCACACAUGCCAGCGGGAAGGACGCUAUCAACCAGGAGAUGCAAGAUCUUCAGAAGCAGUGGGACCGAGUGGUGCUGAAGCUCUCUGACACUAAGGUCACUCUUGAGACGCAACUACUGCAAUGGACCGACUACAGUUCAUCGGAGCAGCGAUUACUGGAAUGGAUUCAAGACCACGACCAGAAGUUAGAGGAGGUUAGGAAGCCUAAGAAACAGGCUUCCGCUAAAGAGUCCUUAGCACAGCGUAAGGCUCGGCUCCGACGUGCUAACAGCUUGGUUCAAGACAUCGAAUCGUUUGAGCCUAUGAUUGAGUCCAUAACCAUCAAGGCACAAGAACUGCAGCAAACUAGCGCUGCACCCGUGGCAACCAUUUCUGGAAAAUAUACCAACCUUGUAGACUCUGCUAAGGAAUACUUCCAAAGGCAGCGGUCAGUGAUGGGUCACCUACAAGAGUUCACGGACGCGUGUGCUGACUUCAGCACGUGGCUUCAGGGAGCGCAAGAGAAACUGAGUAAAUGCUCCCAACCAACUGGUGACCACGCUGAACUUCAAACCAGACACGGUAUCGUUAAGGUAUUAGAGUCCGAACUACAAGAAGGCGAAGAGAAGUUAGCCCUCGUCGAAGCUCUUGCAGAAACGGCGCGUGGCUUCUUGGACGACGCCGAAGAGAAAGCGUACGUGUCUGACGAAUCCGCACGUCUACGCAAGGAGCUGGAGACACUGCGGCAGAACCUUGCUGACGUAAAAACUUCGCUGGACGUUGGCCUCGUGAAAUGGGAUGAAUACAGUGAGCAGUUCCGGAAGUGUGAGGCAUGGCUGAGUGAGAUGGAGCCCAAAGUGCGCUCCUUCGAGAAGCUUCAACCAAGCCUCGACGCUAAAAGGACAAAGCUCGAAGAAUUCCAGGUGUUGCUGCAAGGGGUAUUCGAAUGGCAGUCCGCGUUUGACACACUCAACGUCAAAGCACAGUUACUGCUGGAAACUUAUUCGGAUUCCAGCCUGUGCAACGCAUUUACGCAGCUUUCCGCUCGAUACACCAACUUGCUCUCUCAAGCGAAGGAGGUCAUGCACGCCUUGGAACAGCACUUCCAGGAGCACCAGCAACAACAGUGCAUGCACGGCGAGUGCUCAGAGUUCCUGGAGACAGGCCAAGAGAGGUUGAAGGAGCUCAAGAAGCCAUCUGCAUCACCUGAAGAUGCUGAACCCCGCUUGCGCGGCCUGGAAGCCUUGUCGGCGUCUAUGGAGCAUGGUCGCAAUAAGGUGAGGUACAUGGUGGAGUUGACGGAGAAAGUCAUCGAGACCACAGCACCUGAAGGCGUGAAAGAAAUUCGUGAAGGUGCUGACAGCACAGUGACCGAAUUCGAACGUCUGUGCCGUGAAAUAACGGACGCUCGAUCGGCCCUGUCCAACCAGCUGAGCGAGCUCGAAGAACGUGCAAAAGAAUUGCGACAGUUCCUCACUUGGCUGCGCGAUGUCGAGGCACAGGUCGCUCAACAAUCUGCCGACGACGUGUCUGGCCUCAUGGAGAAGAAGAGUCUUCUCGAGAAGUUCAGGGCCUUACAAACCGACAUUGGAUCUCACGCUGACCUAUCGUCCCAUCUCAAGUCUCGGCCACAACCCACCGCGGAAGUCACGGAUGCACUCAAUUCAUUCGAAGAACUUCGCAAGUCCGUCGACUCCAAGGUGACCGAGCUAGAAGGACAGGUGUCGCUGCUUGAGAAACACCGUGCUGUACACUCUAAGGCUCUUAUAUGGCUCAAGGAAGCCAAGCUGAAGUUGCAGAGAUGUAGCGACGUCUCCGGGAAUCAGGCCGUCGUACGCGAGAAGCACACCCAACUCGAGAAGCUGAAGACCGAGUUGAGCCACGGUCAGGCGAUGGUUGACGAAGUGGCCAAGCUGACAGAAGAACUGAAACCCAGGUUGAACCCAGUCGGAAAACAACGAGUGGAACUCCAGCUGGAGGAAGUGCAGAACGAAUUCGAUGACGUACAACGUAUGACUAAAGAUGCCGAUGAUUCUCUGAGCCGCUGCCUGGAAGCCUGGGAGGAGUUUGAACAGAUUCACAACCGCAUGUCUGAAUGGUUGCAUGGUCGGUUCGAAGGCAAUGCACGGGCCGCGCUGGCAGCCGACGUCGGACAACCAGAACAUCUGGAGAAACUGAAGGCUCUGCUGGAAGAGGCAUCCUUCCACAAGCCUGACAUGGAAGAACUAAAUGAGAGCUGUGAACGUCUGCUCCUUGUAAGCUCCCAAACAUCCGUCAGAGACCAAGUAGUCAAGCUGUCCACUCUGUACAGUUCUCUGUUGUCUGGUCUCACCGAAGCAAUCGGCAAAUUGCAAAAGACACUUAGCAACGAGAGGGAAUUUACAAAGGCGAAGGAUGACUUUGCUCGCUGGUUGAAAACAGUGGAAGAGACCAUAUCACGUAACAAAGAACUGAAAGGAGAAGUACCAGUCAUCCAGGAGCGACUGAAUUCUCUCAGGGUGCUGAACACAAGCAGUAUCCCUGAGGGCAAGCGUCUGAUGUCGGUAGCCACUGAAUCCGCCACACGCAUCAUGGGCGCCUCUCCCGACGUUGGCCACGCUGUGGUUCGAGCACAAGUAGACGCCAUGCAAGACCAGCUUACGGACAUUGGCCAGCAGACGAGCGAAGCUAUUGGACGUCUGUCCGCGUUGUUGACCCGCUGGACGGAGUUCACGGCGCAUCGCGACGCCCUUUUGGAGUGGCUCAAGGAAGCUGAAGAUCGUCUCAAGUCCAAGCCCAAGACUGCUGGAGAUGCUGUUCAGAUCAGGUCGCAGAUCGAGCAGUACAAGCACAUUCUAAAUGACGUUGAGGACCACGCCAAGAAACUGAACGACCUACAGUCUGAAGCGUCAGAACUAGCUGAAAAAUCUGGCGACGAGGACGUACAUCAGCAACUUCGCAAGAUGAACGACCAGUUGAAACAACUUCGCUCGAAGUGCAAGGGUAUCUUGGAUGGCUUGGAACAAGAACUGGAACAGCUCCAGAGCUACCAGAAGGCUCUGCAAGACACCGAGAAAUGGUUGCUUCAGACCUCCGUCGAGAUUAUGGCUCAACAUUCCGUCCAGAUACUGAACUUGCAGCAGACACAAGAACAGCUGGAGAAGUACAGGGGAGUCUUGUCAGAAGUGAAGCAGUACAAACGCGUCGUUGACGAGGUCAAAGCCAAAGGCAACAAGCUGGUUGACCGUUACAAGAGCGAGUCUCCAACACUUGAAACGCAAGUCGCCUCGCAACUCGCAAACAUCCAAGAGAGCUACGAUGCGUUGCUUGACGGUGCUACACGCGUCCAGAAUCGUCUGGAAGCAGCCCUUCAGAAGUUCCGUAACUACGAAACAACGCUGGACGCCUGCGAUAAGCUUCUCAGCGAACUUGAACCCAAAGUUGCCAAGCUCUGCGACAGUCGUCCUCAGACAGCAGACGCAACAAAAAUUCAGUUGGAAACAUGCGAGGGUGUCCUGUCUCAGCUGACAGAUGCUAGAACCCAACUGCAGACUGCCAUACAAGGAUGCGUUGAGGCCGUGUCUUCAGUGAGCCGGCCAUCUAGCCCUGAGGUUGGAGCCGUCUUCCCGAUGAGAGAACAAGAAAUGAGCGUCAAGGUCCGCCUACAAGACUGCAUUGAACAGGUGGAAUCUCAUAUAUCGCUGCUGAGUGGGCUGCUGCACGAACUUGAGGAAGCGUCUCAGCAGCGAGCCGCCCUGGACAAGUGGGUCCAGGAGAAGCAGAGCACAGUCGCCGAGCUGGGCUCCAGUCCACUACCCAUGCAGCCACAGCUGCUCCACAGUCACGUCAGGCAGCUUGAGGACAUCAAGUUAGAGGCCGGAGACAAGAUGGCCACCCUGGACGCCCUGGAUCGCAAAGAACGUGCAGGAUCACCUGCACCGGGUGAACAAGCACUGCGUGACAGACUCAGGAACCUUGACAAUGAGGUGAGCAAAGUCGUGGCAACAAGGAACGCCCAGAUGGCGGCCAUUGAAGAGUACAAGAACCUGUUGGAAGAAGUGAAGACGCGCCUUGACGCUGUAGAAGCAACCAUCGAAGCGACCGACAAGCCCUCUGCUGGUGACGCGCGGCAAAGGUUGCAAUUGAUGCAAUCAUUGGUAGAAGACGUGGACAGUAUCCGGACCCAGGUGAACGACCUCAAGGGCAAGACGGCCACUCUGUCAAAGUGCUUAGAGAAAGAUGACAAGGCUAAGUGCCAGGACGAGAUCAAAUCACUGCAGAAGAAAUGUGAAGAACUCCGCAAACGUAUCCUACGAAGAACCAAGAGCCUGGACCUAAUACAGACAACGGUAGACAGCCUCGUAGAGGAGAUGACAUCUACCGAAGAAUGGCUCCUACAGAAAACAACCGAAUUGGAACGUCCGCUUCGGCCAGGCUUCCACAGCGCAAAUGUCGAAACUACUCUUCAACACGUCAAGUCAGAACAGCGUGAAACAGACAACAAACGUGGAGUCGUGCAAGACUUCGACAAACGCCUCCAGCCUCUUCUUCCUGAACUGGAUGCUCCAGAAGCUCAACAACUGAGCCAGAUGCUGGACAACCUACGCACACGAUUCGACAACUUGGCUCGAGGCCUCGGGCAACGAGCUCAAGACCUGUCCGACCUUCUCAGCAAGACUUGCCACUUCGACGACGAGCUCGAGAUUGUUCGCCAAUGGAUCCGCGAAAAGGAACAGGACUUGCAGAGGGUUGAGGUGCACGUCGACAGGAUCAGCGACACACAGAGGCAAACGGACGCUGCGCAGGCUAUUGAGAAGGAUGUGAAGUCUUUCGAGGAAACUCGAGUGACUGAGGUGGUUCGGCACAGUAAGGAACUGGAACCUCAUUGUGAACCGGAAGACAGGAGGAACCUGCAGCGUAUCGUUGAAGAAAUCCUGGAAAAGAUGAAGGAACUCAAGAAGAAUGUCAACGACAAGUUGAAGAAUCUCAACAAGCUCUUGAAGGCACAGAAAGAGUACGAAGACGCUGCGGAAGCCACAGAAUACCUCCUCAAAGAAAUCGAAGCGUCCGCUGCUCCAGAACCGCUGCUCGCCUCUUCAAUUGAAGUACUAGAAGAGCAGAAGAAAACGUACCUUACGACGCAAGAGAGUGGCCAACGUCUAGUUGGCGAUCUCGGCCGCACCAGGAAACUUGCCAGCGCCCUUGGACCGAGAGAUGAUGCUGAGAGAAGGUUGAACCAUAUGGAGGAACGAAAGAAGCGGGUGGACAAACUUGUUCAAGAACGCCUGUCUGCCCUGGAAGAUGCCAUCAAAGAACAACAAACAGUGCAGACCCAGCUCGAAGAAGGCGUUACUAUCCUAAAGAGUCUUCAAGAACGUGUGGAACAGCUCAACAGGCCCCUCGGUCCCGCUGUGCAGGAUGCACAAGGGCUUCUGGAUGCUGUCCAGCAAAUCGUACGUGAGAUGACUGAACAGCAGCACAAGCUGUCGAGCUUAAGAGCCCACGCGAAAGCUGCGGACGACCUUCAGCAACUGCUGUCCCGCUUCGAAGACCUUCGUCGACGCACAGAAACGCUUCUGAGUCGCGCAAGAAACUCUCUCGCUCAGCGUCAGCACUACCGACAGGUUAUCGAAGAGAUCACUGAAACCAUCACAAGAAUCGAACAGACGAUGCAUACCGUCGAAAAAACCAAAAAGCCAGCGUCUGAGAAGGUGCCGCAGUAUGAGAACAUCAUAAGUCAAAUAAUUGAGACAGAGGGCAAGUUGACCACUGCGCGUGAUAAAGGAGAAGCAAUCGGCAGUGAAGGUUCGUCCGCGGAUCGCAAUGCCCUUCUGGAAGAACUGCAGAGGCUGCGUGACCAACUUGCUGGCCUGCGAAAGGCAGUUCAGAAGAUGAAGGAAGAACAUGAGACAUUAGUGGCAGAACAAACGCGACUCAUCGGCGACUUUGAAGCCGCACUUGAAAGACUCCGGAACGACGACGCUGCAAUUCGCACCCGACCUCUUCUGGACGCUCAACCCGCUGGUGUUGGAUCCGAAAUCGAGAAACAUAAUGCACUGCAAGAACAAGUAGAGCGCGACCUCAAGGCUGCAGAAGACCUCCGGGAACAGCUUUUCCGCGAGCUUCCACCCGAGCUUCUAGCAGGGCACGUGCAGGACGGUCUCAGCGAGCUCGCACUCCUGCAAGCAACCUUGUUGCCCGAACUCCAGGACCGCCUGCGCUACCUCGAAGACGCACGGGCCGCUCGCCAAGAGUACACGACAUUGAGAGAAGCCCUCACAGUCUGGCUCGACCUGGCUGAGAAGACACUGCAAGAGCCCCAAGACGGGGUUAACUUUGAGAACAUCGAGCAGUUCUGCAGAGAACUGAAGGAUUUCUUCUCUGAAACAAGCGCCUACGAAGACAACCUCCGAGGUCUUCAGAGCGCAGUCUCCCGCAUCAGACCGACCCUCCACGAGUCCGACGUCCCACUUCUUGAGCAAGACCUCUUGGCCCUCCACCGCCGCUUCAAGAUGUUAGCUUCAACCGUGGACACAUCGCUGGACAAAGUCCAGGAGGACGUCAAAGCCUGGACGCGUUACUGCCGUCUCCGCGACCGCGCGGUUGCCUUCUUGUCCAGCGUCCCUAACAUCGAUGAGCGACCAGGAUCUCUGGGAGCUGUUCGUGGUGUAACGCAGAGUCUUUCAAAGUUGCUCAGCGAGAUCCAAAAGAAGCAGAGUUUGGUGAACGAGUUGAAUGAAGCUGGACGGGUCUUGGAGCGGAGGGCCAACCUCAGUUCCCGACAAUUAGUCAGCAGUCAGCUGGACAGUGUGAAUCAGCAGUGGCGUGAUCUCUUGUCCGAUCUCGAGAACCGUCUGGCAGCGCUCAUUGAUACUCUGAGCACGUGGGAAGCGUAUGCUCAAGCCCUUGGUGCUGCCCAGACGGCUCUGGCAGAGUCUGAGCAAUCGCUUGGAUCGGUUCAGCUGCAGUCGCCAGAUGCUGAAAAGGUCCUACAGGCGGUGCUUGAACGCACGACGACGCACGUGCGCGACCGGGUGGAGGACGCCUGCGCCAAGUCCGAGAACGUGCUUGUGUAUCUGAACGCGGCGUCCGAGACCGGGGCAACCGCCCUCCGCACCGAGGUGCAAGCCUUGCGGGACCGACACGAACGACUGAAGAACCGCAUCGAAGACCAGUUGCGUCUGCUGCGCGAAGAGAAGGCGGCCGCAGAGGCCCUUCUGGGCCAGAUCGCCUCGGUGCGGGAGGCACUCACUGACAUGGAAAAGAAAAUCACAUCCACCAGCUGCUACGCAGAGGACGUUGACGACCUAGAGAGGACUCUGCAGGAAUUGCGGGAAAAUGUAAGAGGUCUUGAAGCUCGGGUGCAAGAAACAUCCCGAACGGCGUACGAACGCUAUGGACAGCGUCAGCUCAGCAUACCGGAGACAGUGGGACGUGCAUUAGCUUCACUGGAACUGCUCUCGGAGACCGUUGUGUCUGCCAUGGACGACAAAGAACGUGAAUUCAAGCGGGCGCGAACCGCCAGGACGGAAUACAUUGCGGGUGUGGAAGCACUCGUCAAGUGGCUCAGUGAAGCGCAGGAGAAACUGCAAGACAAGGGAACAUCACCGCAGCGUACAAAGACAGUUCUUGUGAACCUCACAUCUGAACUGCCUUCAGUUCGGGCUAACCUCGACCGAAGGGUAGUCAAGAGCGCCCAGCUCCUUCUGGGCUGUCUCGAGAAACCACAAGAGAAAGAAUCUCUUCGGACGACCGUCUCAUCCCUGGGAGAGCAAUUACAACAGGUGGACGCUUGGGUCCAGGAACGCCUGUCCCAAGUAGAAGAUGCUCUGCUGGCUUGGAGCAAGUUUCUCGAAGCUCUCCAGGCACUACGCGCUUGGAUCGAAAAGAAAGAGGCUCUCCUGGGUCAGCAGGUGACACUGGGCACGUUGGCCGACGCCAAGCAACGUCUCGCUGAAUGUCAGGAGGCAGCGCGAGACAUUCCUACCGCUCAGAGUUACCUGACCGAGAUGGGUUCCCUGACGAACCGCAUCGGGGAAGUGUGCAGUGUGGGAGAGCUGCUCGAGAAACUCGACGUGGCCGAGCAAGAAGAGAGCUCGUGCGAGUCGAGGCUCCUGGAAGAAGUGGCCCUACUGCAGGAGAUGGUCGAAGAGUGGGAACAGUGCGAGCGAAAGUGUCGCGAAUGUCGCACCUGGGCCGAGAAGGCCAGGACAGCAUUGGACGGUGCACAUCUGCGAAGAAGGCCACUUCGGGACCAGCUUGCCCACAGAGAGAAACUGUUGGCAGAUAUUUCGGUACAACGCACCAAGAUGGCGAUGGCGCUUGAGAAGCUCCAGGUGCACUUCCGGGCGCGCGGGUCGCCCCGGGAGAACGAGAUGGUGCGCACUUGUGAGCACCUGUCGCAGGACCUGAGCCACCUCCAGAAGCAGGUCGACGACCAGUGUCAGGCACUCUCUGCCUGCCUCUCUCAGGAGGAACAGUACACACAGGACCUGCAGCAGUUGAGGCACCUGCUGUCACAGUCAGAACACCGUCUCAAGCUCGCACUUGGAGCAGCUCCUCUGACUCCGGAGGAGCGCUCUAAGAACCAGCGCCUCCAGGAGGCCCUGAGGGAUCAGGUCAAAAAGUAUCGUGCCCAGAUCGCCGACGUACAAGAACGCAUUCGCAAACUCAAUCAAAGGCAGCUCCCCGACACGGAACCCUUCAGGUUCCACGUGGAACCGCUUCCAGAGGACGUUGCACAGCUUCAGCCACCAGAAGCUCCAUACCGACCCUACGUGCGCACCCCUCGCGGUAGCGCACGCCCCUCAAGAGAAGCAACCCCUGAACCUGGCGCAACGCCGCACACGACCCAACUUACUGAAGCACUCGAGUCCGUGUUGAAAGGGUCGGCGUUCCUUCGGCUUCCAGGAGCAACACCCAGUACUGGACUCUACUCGUACGAGACGUGGGCGACCGAGACGGAUGAACCUGUCGUCACACUGGUGGCUCCACCUGCACAGCAGAAAGAAGAAAAGACAGAGUCAAUGCCCGCAGAAGAACCUGUCGUUGUCGAAGAAAUUAUUCCAAGCACAACUCAAACGUUCACAAGCGGUGACCGGUCAGAACCGCCCAAGAAGACUCAUUCGACUUCCAAGAAACAGAAGAAAUCUGAUAAGAAACAGAAACCUGAUAGCGCGUCGACGACCAGUCCUGUGACGUCACCAGUCAGCGACGCCGGUAGGCCAAGUUACGCCGAAAUCCUGUCUGGAAGAAUGAGCCCUAGACCAGGCGAAGGUGAUACGGUCACAACCCAGCAUCAUGAAGUGACAAGUACACCGCAUGGUGGCGUUGAAGUGACGGAUCGUACAGAGUCUGUCUCGUAUCAAGUUUCCUCCGCACCAGGAGCGAGACCUGGAGAGCAAGUCGAGUCUCGCAGAACAGUUUCAACUGUGAGAACCACGAAGCGUACCACAGAACCUGUUGAAGUUUCAUACAGCACUAUGGGUCACGUGGAGCCAUUCGAAGAAGUACAUGCCACGUCAGGAGACACGAAACGCUUGACGUAUGCCCAAGUAGCACGUUCCGUCAGUCCCGCACCCAUUGGAACUGAAGGAAGUUCAGAAAGCAGUGGUGGAUCCAAACAUUUAAGUAAGCCGCCGUCCGAUGAAAUGGACAGAGGCUCGCAGGAACAUUCCGAUGAGCAGAAAACUGCCAGUGACAAAAAUAGCAUGUCAGAUGAGGCCUCGAAGUCCUGUGCAGCUGAGGCUGCCGGAACUUCGGACGAGCCCAGAUCCCCGAAAGAGGGUGAAGGGCCGAGCAAGAAAAAGGCCAAGAAAAAACGCAAAGGGGAUGGGGGAGAGCCUAGCCUUGACUCUUCGUCCAAGGGAGGCGAAGAUUCAAACGAUAUCAUCCUCUCACCGCAAAGGGCAGACAUUACAGAGGCACCCCUGCGAAGCGUCGCUCUGCAACAGAUACUUGCGCAGGGUAAACCUGACGGUGAGUCACAUGACGAUUCCAGUCAGGACAGCAUUGUUAGGGAGGAAGUUGGGCCAGAUGGCACCAUUAGGCGUGUGGUGACUCGUAGGAUCGAAAAAAGUAUGAUACCUUAUCACAUCGCAGAAGCUCAAGAGCAUAUCCAGAGAAAAUCUGCGUUAAAGGAUGGUAAGUGGCUAGAACUUUCAGGCGGGCAACGGGUGCCAAUUGAAGAACACAUAGGGCCUGAUGGUGACAUGCUGCGCGAUGCAAAAGACCCCGUGACUGUGCACUUACUCAAGGCGCUGGGCGAGCUUAAUGGUGAGCCGACUGAUGACUCUUCCACAGAUGAUGUUGUCACGGAGGAAGUAGGACCAGAUGGAAUCGUUAGACGCGUGGUUACCCGUCGCAUUAUCACUACAAGAACUUUACCAUAUGAGGUUAGGGUCGCUGAUAUUCCCGGCAUUCAAAGGGUAAUUAGGAGAGUGUUCAGGAAUGGUCAGUGGCAGGAACUUCCCGAGGACGAGGAGGUAACUGUAGAGGAAGAAACAGGCCCUGACGGUGUCAAGCACCAUGUCACAAAGCUGUCCAAGACUGGUGAGCCAGUUCAAAUGCUAGAUGCACCGCAUGGAGAGCCGACUGACGAAUCCACCCCAGAGAACGUUGUCACGGAGGAAGUCGGAUCAGAUGGCAUCGUUAGACGCGUGGUUACCCGUCGCAUUGUCACGACAAGAACUUCGCCCUAUGAGGUUAGGCUCACUGAUAUUCCCGGCGUUAAAAGGGUGAUUAGGAGAGUGUUCAGGAAUGGUCAGUGGCACGAACUUCCCGAGGACGAGGAGGUAACUGUAGAGGAAGAAACAGGCCCUGACGGUGUCAAGCUUUAUGUCACGAAGGUGUCCAAGACAGGUGAGCCAGUUCAAAUGCUAGAUGCACCGCAUGGAGAGCCGACUGACGAAUCCACCCCAGAGAACGUCGUCACGGAGGAAGUCGGACCAGAUGGCAUCGUUAGACGCGUGGUUACCCGUCGCAUUGUCACGACAAGAACUUUGCCCUAUGAGGUUAGGCUCACUGAUAUUCCCGGCGUUAAAAGGGUGAUUAGGAGAGUGUUCAGGAAUGGUCAGUGGCAGGAACUUCCCGAGGACGAGGAGGUCACUGUUGAAGAAGAAAGAGGCCCGGACGGAGUCAAGAGCCAUGUCACGAAGGUGUCCAAGACCGGUGAGCCUGUUCAACUGUUAGAGGCACCGCAUGGUGAGCCGACUGACGAAUCCACCCCAGAGAACGUUGUCACGGAGGAAGUCGGACCAGACGGUAUCCUCAGACGCGUAGUUACCCGUCGCAUUGUCACCACAAGAACUAUGCCAUAUGAGGUUAGGGUCACUGACAUUCCAGGUGUUGAAAGGGUGAUUAGGAGAGUGCUCAGGAAUGGUCAGUGGCAGGAACUUCCCGAGGACGAGGAGGUCACUGUUGAAGAAGAAACAGGCCCGGACGGAGUCAAGCGCCAUGUCACGAAGGUGUCCAAGACUGGUGAGCCUGUUCAAGUGUUAGAGGCACCGCAUGGUGAGCCGACUGACGAAUCCACCCCAGAGAACGUUGUCACGGAGGAAGUCGGACCAGACGGUAUCCUCAGACGCGUAGUUACCCGUCGCAUUGUCACCACAAGAACUAUGCCAUAUGAGGUUAGGGUCAUUGAUAUUCCAGGUGUUGAAAGACUGAUUAGGAGAGUGUUCAGGAAUGGUCAGUGGCAGGAACUUCCCGAGGACGAGGAGGUAACUGUAGAAGAAGAAACAGGCCCAGACGGGGUCAAGCGCCAUGUCACAAAGGUGUCCAAGACUGGUGAGCCUGUUCAAGUGUCAGAGGCACCGCAUGGUGAGCCGACUGACGAAUCCACCCCAGAGAACGUUGUCACGGAGGAAGUCGGACCAGACGGUAUUCUCAGACGCGUAGUUACCCGUCGCAUUGUUACCACAAGAACUAUGCCAUAUGAGGUUAGGGUCACUGAUAUUCCAGGUGUUGAAAGAGUGAUUAGGAGAGUGUUCAGGAAUGGUCAGUGGCAGGAACUUCCCGAGGACGAGGAGGUAACUGUAGAAGAAGAAACAGGCCCGGGCGGGGUCAAGCGCCAUGUCACAAAGGUGUCCAAGACUGGUGAGCCUGUUCAAGUGUUAGAGGCACCGUAUGGUGAGCCGACUGACGAAUCCACCCCAGAGAACGUUGUCACGGAGGAAGUCGGACCAGACGGUAUCCUCAGACGCGUAGUUACCCGUCGCAUUGUCACCACAAGAACUAUGCCAUAUGAGGUUAGGGUCACUGAUAUUCCAGGUGUUGAAAGAGUGAUUAGGAGAGUGUUCAGGAAUGGUCAGUGGCAGGAACUUCCCGAGGACGAGGAGGUCACUGUUGAAGAAGAAACAGGCCCGGACGGGGACAAGCGCCAUGUCACAAAGGUGACCAAGACUGGUGAGCCUGUUCAAGUGUUAGAGGCACCGCAUGGUGAGCCGACUGACGAAUCCACCCCAGAGAACGUUGUCACGGAGGAAGUCGGACCAGACGGUAUCCUCAGACGCGUAGUUACCCGUCGCAUUGUCACCACAAGAACUAUGCCAUAUGAGGUUAGGGUCACUGAUAUUCCAGGUGUUGAAAGAGUGAUUAGGAGAGUGUUCAGGAAUGGUCAGUGGCAGGAACUUCCCGAGGACGAGGAGGUCACUGUUGAAGAAGAAACAGGCCCGGACGGGGUCAAGCGCCAUGUCACAAAGGUGUCCAAGACUGGUGAGCCUGUUCAAGUGUUAGAGGCACCGCAUGGUGAGCCGACUGACGAAUCCACCCCAGAGAACGUUGUCACGGAGGAAGUCGGACCAGACGGUAUCCUCAGACGCGUAGUUACCCGUCGCAUUGUCACCACAAGAACUAUGCCAUAUGAGGUUAGGGUCACUGACAUUCCAGGUGUUGAAAGGGUGAUUAGGGGAGUGCUCAGGAAUGGUCAGUGGCAGGAACUUCCCGAGGACGAGGAGGUCACUGUUGAAGAAGAAACAGGCCCGGACGGAGUCAAGCGCCAUGUCACGAAGGUGUCCAAGACUGGUGAGCCUGUUCAAGUGUUAGAGGCACCGCAUGGUGAGCCGACUGACGAAUCCACCCCAGAGAACGUUGUCACGGAGGAAGUCGGACCAGACGGUAUCCUCAGACGCGUAGUUACCCGUCGCAUUGUCACCACAAGAACUAUGCCAUAUGAGGUUAGGGUCAUUGAUAUUCCAGGUGUUGAAAGACUGAUUAGGAGAGUGUUCAGGAAUGGUCAGUGGCAGGAACUUCCCGAGGACGAGGAGGUAACUGUAGAAGAAGAAACAGGCCCAGACGGGGUCAAGCGCCAUGUCACAAAGGUGUCCAAGACUGGUGAGCCUGUUCAAGUGUUAGAGGCACCGCAUGGUGAGCCGACUGACGAAUCCACCCCAGAGAACGUUGUCACGGAGGAAGUCGGACCAGACGGUAUUCUCAGACGAGUAGUUACCCGUCGCAUUGUCACCACAAGAACUAUGCCAUAUGAGGUUAGGGUCACUGAUAUUCCAGGUGUUGAAAGAGUGAUUAGGAGAGUGUUCAGGAAUGGUCAGUGGCAGGAACUUCCCGAGGACGAGGAGGUAACUGUAGAAGAAGAAACAGGCCCGGACGGGGCCAAGCGCCAUGUCACAAAGGUGUCCAAGACUGGUGAGCCUGUUCAAGUGUUAGAGGCACCGCAUGGUGAGCCGACUGACGAAUCCACCCCAGAGAAUGUUGUCACGGAGGAAGUCGGACCAGACGGUAUCCUCAGACGCGUAGUUACCCGUCGCAUUGUCACCACAAGAACUAUGCCAUAUGAGGUUAGGGUCACUGAUAUUCCAGGUGUUGAAAGAGUGAUUAGGAGAGUGUUCAGGAAUGGUCAGUGGCAGGAACUUCCCGAGGACGAGGAGGUCACUGUUGAAGAAGAAACAGGCCCGGACGGGGUCAAGCGCCAUGUCACAAAGGUGACCAAGACUGGUGAGCCUGUUCAAGUGUUAGAGGCACCGCAUGGUGAGCCGACUGACGAAUCCACCCCAGAGAACGUUGUCACGGAGGAAGUCGGACCAGACGGUAUCCUCAGACGCGUAGUAACCCGUCGCAUUGUCACCACAAGAACUAUGCCAUAUGAGGUUAGGGUCACUGAUAUUCCAGGUGUUGAAAGAGUGAUUAGGAGAGUGUUCAGGAAUGGUCAGUGGCAGGAACUCCCCGAGGACGAGGAGGUCACUGUUGAAGAAGAAACAGGCCCGGACGGAGUCAAGCGCCAUGUCACGAAGGUGUCCAAGACUGAUGAGCCUGUUCAAGUGUUAGAGGUACCGCAUGGUGAGCCGACUGACGAAUCCACCCCAGAGAACGUUGUCACGGAGGAAGUCGGACCAGACGGUAUCCUCAGACGCGUAGUUACCCGUCGCAUUGUCACCACAAGAACUUUGCCAUAUGAGGUUAGGGUCUCUGAAAUUCCAGGUGUUGAAAGGGUGAUUAGAAGAGUGUUCAGGAAUGGUCAGUGGCAGGAACUUCCCGAGGACGAGGAGGUAACUGUAGAAGAAGAAACAUGCCCUGACGGUGUCAAGCGCCAUGUCACGAAGGUGUCCAGGACUGGUGAGCCAGUUCAAAUGCUAGAAGCACCGCAGACGUUAGAGGCAUCGAACGGUGAGCCGACAGACGAACCCACCACAGAGAACGUCGUCAUGGAGGAAGUCGGACCAGACGGUAUCGUCAGACGCGUGGUUACCCGUCGCAUUCUCACUACCAGAACUUUGCCAUCUGAGGUUUGGGUCACUGAUAUUCCCGGUGUUGACAGGGUGAUUAGGAGAGUGUACAGGAAUGGCCAGUGGCUGGAACUUCCCGAGGACCACACCACAAAAACUUGGCCGAACUGGGAUGACCAUGCCUUCAAAUCAGACGCGAGUAAUACCGAUGACUCAAAUGCAACUGAAGGGAAACGUGAAUUCCCUCAUCCUGACCACGAGCCACUAGACUUCGGGCCAAUCGAGAAGGUAGAGGCCCCCGCGGAGGCCCCUCCACUCCUGUCGUACUUGUUGUUAACCAAGCAAGGUGCGCAACCGAAAGGCAGUCAAGACCCAUUCGAAAACGCGCAGCCAGUGAUGACACCAGGAGGUGUUUGUUCAGCGUCAGAUGCGGUCUCCAAGUUUCCUGAAAUGGACGCGAAGUUCGAACACAUGGUUUCGUCCCUCCUCAGCGAUGCUUCUGGGGAAAUGCAAGAACCAAACACGAAAUUCGUGCGCGAAGAAAUACAAAUGCCAAUGGAGAAGCUCAACUUGGUGUCCUCAAGGGUUGUAGAAGACACGGACAAGGAGAAGACUAUUGAACUCAAAUUUCAGGAGAAAUAUAAGGUCGUACAGUACUCGUUUCAGCUACCAGAGUUUGGCAAAGAAAUGACUUUGCAAAGUCCUGAAGAACAAGGUGUUUCAGAAAUGAGAUCAGCACCCCAUGUUGAUUCUUUCACGACGAACGCAAGUUUCAGGGUCGAUUCGCCCAGCGUGACCACGCGGAAAGAGAUAUCGACCCUGGACAGCGAGACAGUCCUUCCUGGUAUUCGACCUGAGCCUACAGCGCCGCAAGCUGGACUAGAUGAUGAAGUGCCUUCCCGGCAAAUAGAAGAACCGACUCAGCCAUACGAUCGGCAAGACUCUUUGGACACUACGGAGCCGGAAAGAACAGAAAAGGAUGAAUCUUCUCUUGCCGAGUGCACCGACAGCACUGAUGGCCCCAUGGCAGAACCAGAAAGUCUCAAGCGUCCGAAAAGGAAACAAAAGAACAAAGGUGCUAAACAACCACAGACAGUCAUGGGGGCACUGCAGCGCGUUGUGGACUCUGUGUCGAAGCUAUUACCUUCCACAGACACAAAGCUGUCUGAGGAACCCAAGGAACCUAAGCAGGAGAAUGGCUCUUUGAAGCAUCUGGAAGUCGUUCCUAUAACAGCUCCUGAGGACACAAAAGUAGACAGCUCCAAUAGUGAUAUGGAGCCAUGCAAGCUCUAUCCGGAAUCUGUGCCUGUUUCAUUGAUUGCACAUAGAGUCCCUAUUAUUUCUGACAAACAUAUGAAGCCAACUGGAGGAACACCUGAAGCAGUUACAUUGAUUUAUAAUGUAGCAACAAGCCCCAGCGAGCACGGCGAGGACAAGAUCCUUGAAUCUGCUAUCGUGUGUCAGUCGCCACGUGUUAUUACCCCAGAAGUACCAGAAGAAGAGCCUCCUGUGAAACCUCGAAGAAAACAAAGGAAACAAAGGAAGCCGGAGGCUGUUGAUGAGCUGAUGGAUCAGAAGGCUCCUGCAAAGCCGGAGCGUAGAAAGAGGAAGCCACGAUUUUCUGCUGGUGAACAUAGCACUACUGACGAGUCGUCAGAGUUAGAGCAACCUGGGUUCUUUGACGAGAAGCAUAAGGGCAAGGAACGACCGCGAGAGAGCGAGCCUAAUGUGCAAGAAAGUGGACACAUCCAUACGCCAGAUACCGAUGUGUUUCGAACCAUUUACGAGGGCCCAACUAGUGACCAUCAAACCGAACAGCAUGCCGCGCAGCAGGAGCCUCUAUCUGUGCCGAAGAAAAAGAUAGAUGAGAGAGUAUAUUCUGAGAAGAAGCUACCCGUGGGCGACGUGGAAGCUGCUGAAGAGCCCGUACCUGAAGUCAAAGAAGGAAGCCCGGGCCUUCUACCUGUUAUCACCAAUGUGACCGAGCAUACGUCACGAAUGUCUAAGACCAACAAGGUGUCUACGGAACCUUUGACAGUCGUGGAACACUUAGAGUCUGGUCCAAUGAAGGACGAGUUCCAGACUCCAAAGGAUGAAGUGACACCUCCGUCAGCAACCGAAGAGAGGCCUUCACCUGAUGCGGAGACAUUGACUGAAGAUAAGACACCUACGGAAUGUGAAAAGGCAACUGACAAGCCUUCGCGUAUCAAACAAGGGGUUCCUGAUAUUGCGAUCGUCACCACCUCAGUCACAAAGCCCAAGUCACGAAAGUCCAAGUCUAAGAAGUUACCUUCAGAACCUUCCACUGGUACCGAAGUCCAGGAGGACGUUCCAUUGAAGGAGCAGCCAGAUAAACCAGAGGAUACAUUGACCCCAGUGUCUCUAAAGGAAAAGGAGCCUUCACCUGCCCCGGAGAAACAGUCUCAAAACAAGGCUCCUAUGGAAGGUGAGAAGAAGCCUCUUGGCGACAAGGCAGCUGAAGAGCCUUUGCCUACUGCCAAAGAAGCAAGCCCUGACUAUACGACAGUCACGACCCCUGUCACUAAGCCCAAAUCACGGAAGUCGAAGUCUAAGAAGGCACCUUCAGAGCCUUACACUGUCAUUGAAGUCCAGGAGGCUGCAUUGAAGGAGCAUCCAGAGAAACCAGACGAAAAAGGGACCCCUGCGUCUGAAAAAGAAAAGGAGCCUUCCCCUGCCCCAGAGGAGGAACCUGAAGACAAGAUUCCUCUGGAAGGUGAGAAGAAGCCCUCUGGUGACAAGGCAAAUGAGGAGCCUUUGCCUACUGCCAAAGAAGCAAGCCCUGACUAUACGACAGUCACGACCCCUGUCACUAAGCCCAAAUCACGGAAGUCGAAAUCUAAGAAGGCACCUUCCGAGGUUUCCACUGCUACCGAAGUGCCGGAGACCGUUCCAUUGAUGGAGCAGCCAGGGAAACCAGAGGAUAAAGUGACCCCGGCGUCUCAGAAGGAAAAGGAGCCUUCACCUGCGCCGGAGAGACAACCUGAAGCCAAGACUCCUACAGAAGGUGAGAAGAAGCCUCCUGCUGACGAGGCAACUAAAGAGCCUUUGCCUAUUGUCAAAGAAGCAAGCCCUGACUAUACGACCGUAACCACCGUCACUGAGCACAAACCACGGAAGUCGAAAUCUAAGAAGGCACCUUCCGAGGUUUCCACUGCUACCGAAGUGCCGGAGACCGUUCCAUUGAUGGAGCAGCCAGAGAAACCAGAGGAUAAAGUGACCCCAUCGUCUCAGAAGGAAAAGGAGCCUUCACCUGCGCCGGAGAGAGAACCUGAAGCCAAGACUCCUACGGAAGGUGAGAAGAAGCCUCUUGGUGACGAGGCAACUAAAGAGCCUUUGCCUAUUGUCAAAGAAGCAAGCCCUGACUAUACGACCGUAACCACCGUCACUGAGCACAAACCACGGAAGUCGAAAUCUAAGAAGGCACCUUCCGAGGUUUCCACUGCUACCGAAGUGCCGGAGACCGUUCCAUUGAUGGAGCAGCCAGGGAAACCAGAGGAUAAAGUGACCCCAUCGUCUCAGAAGGAAAAGGAGCCUUCACCUGCGCCGGAGAGAGAACCUGAAGCCAAGACUCCUACGGAAGGUGAGAAGAAGCCUCUUGGUGACGAGGCAACUAAAGAGCCUUUGCCUAUUGUCAAAGAAGCAAGCCCUGACUAUACGACCGUAACCACCGUCACUGAGCACAAACCACGGAAGUCGAAAUCUAAGAAGGCACCUUCCGAGGUUUCCACUGCUACCGAAGUGCCGGAGACCGUUCCAUUGAUGGAGCAGCCAGGGAAACCAGAGGAUAAAGUGACCCCAUCGUCUCAGAAGGAAAAGGAGCCUUCACCUGCGCCGGAGAGAGAACCUGAAGCCAAGACUCCUACGGAAGGUGAGAAGAAGCCUCUUUGUGACGAGGCAACUAAAGAGCCUUUGCCUAUUGUCAAAGAAGCAAGCCCUGACUAUACGACCGUAACCACCGUCACUGAGCACAAACCACGGAAGUCGAAAUCUAAGAAGGCACCUUCCGAGGUUUCCACUGCUACCGAAGUGCCGGAAACCGUUCCAUUGAUGGAGCAGCCACAGAAACCAGAGGAUAAAGUGACCCCGGCGUCUCAGAAGGAAAAGGAGCCUUCACCUGCGCCGGAGAGAGAACCUGAAGCCAAGACCCCUACAGAAGGUGAGAAGAAGCCUCUUGGUGACGAGGCAACUAAAGAGCCUUUGCCUAUUGUCAAAGAAGCAAGCCCUGACUAUACGACCGUAACCACCGUCACUGAACACAAACCACGGAAGUCGAAAUCUAAGAAGGCACCUUCCGAGGUUCCCACUGCUACCGAAGUGCCAAAGACCGUUCCAUUGAUGGAGCAGCCAGGGAAACCAGAGGAUAAAGUGACCCCAUCGUCUCAGAAGGAAAAGGAGCCUUCACCUGCGCCGGAGAGAGAACCUGAAGCCAAGACUCCUACGGAAGGUGAGAAGAAGCCUCUUGGUGACGAGGCAACUAAAGAGCCUUUGCCUAUUGUCAAAGAAGCAAGCCCUGACUAUACGACCGUAACCACCGUCACUGAGCACAAACCACGGAAGUCGAAAUCUAAGAAGGCACCUUCCGAGGUUUCCACUGCUACCGAAGUGCCGGAGACCGUUCCAUUGAUGGAGCAGCCAGGGAAACCAGAGGAUAAAGUGACCCCAUCGUCUCAGAAGGAAAAGGAGCCUUCACCUGCGCCGGAGAGAGAACCUGAAGCCAAGACUCCUACGGAAGGUGAGAAGAAGCCUCUUUGUGACGAGGCAACUAAAGAGCCUUUGCCUAUUGUCAAAGAAGCAAGCCCUGACUAUACGACCGUAACCACCGUCACUGAGCACAAACCACGGAAGUCGAAAUCUAAGAAGGCACCUUCCGAGGUUUCCACUGCUACCGAAGUGCCGGAAACCGUUCCAUUGAUGGAGCAGCCACAGAAACCAGAGGAUAAAGUGACCCCGGCGUCUCAGAAGGAAAAGGAGCCUUCACCUGCGCCGGAGAGAGAACCUGAAGCCAAGACCCCUACAGAAGGUGAGAAGAAGCCUCUUGGUGACGAGGCAACUAAAGAGCCUUUGCCUAUUGUCAAAGAAGCAAGCCCUGACUAUACGACCGUAACCACCGUCACUGAACACAAACCACGGAAGUCGAAAUCUAAGAAGGCACCUUCCGAGGUUCCCACUGCUACCGAAGUGCCAAAGACCGUUCCAUUGAUGGAGCAGCCAGGGAAACCAGAGGAUAAAGUGACCCCGUCGUCUCAGAAGGAAAAGGAGCCUUCACCUGCGCCGGAGAGAGAACCUGAAGCCAAGACUCCUACGGACGGUGAGAAGAAGCCUCUUGGUGACGAGGCAACUAAAGAGCCUUUGCCUAUUGUCAAAGAAGCAAGCCCUGACUAUACAACCGUAACCACCGUCACUGAGCACAAACCACGGAAGUCGAAAUCUAAGAAGGCACCUUCCGAGGUUUCCACUGCUACCGAAGUGCCGGAGACCGUUCCAUUGAUGGAGCAGCCAGGGAAACCAGAGGAUAAAGUGACCCCGUCGUCUCAGAAGGAAAAGGAGCCUUCACCUGCGCCGGAGAGAGAACCUGAAGCCAAGACUCCUACGGACGGUGAGAAGAAGCCUCUUGGUGACGAGGCAACUAAAGAGCCUUUGCCUAUUGUCAAAGAAGCAAGCCCUGACUAUACAACCGUAACCACCGUCACUGAGCACAAACCACGGAAGUCGAAAUCUAAGAAGGCACCUUCCGAGGUUUCCACUGCUACCGAAGUGCCGGAGACCGUUCCAUUGAUGGAGCAGCCAGGGAAACCAGAGGAUAAAGUGACCCCGUCGUCUCAGAAGGAAAAGGAGCCUUCACCUGCGCCGGAGAGAGAACCUGAAGCCAAGACUCCUACGGACGGUGAGAAGAAGCCUCUUGGUGACGAGGCAACUAAAGAGCCUUUGCCUAUUGUCAAAGAAGCAAGCCCUGACUAUACAACCGUAACCACCGUCACUGAGCACAAACCACGGAAGUCGAAAUCUAAGAAGGCACCUUCCGAGGUUUCCACUGCUACCGAAGUGCCGGAGACCGUUCCAUUGAUGGAGCAGCCAGGGAAACCAGAGGAUAAAGUGACCCCGUCGUCUCAGAAGGAAAAGGAGCCUUCACCUGCGCCGGAGAGAGAACCUGAAGCCAAGACUCCUACGGACGGUGAGAAGAAGCCUCUUGGUGACGAGGCAACUAAAGAGCCUUUGCCUAUUGUCAAAGAAGCAAGCCCUGACUAUACAACCGUAACCACCGUCACUGAGCACAAACCACGGAAGUCGAAAUCUAAGAAGGCACCUUCCGAGGUUUCCACUGCUACCGAAGUGCCGGAGACCGUUCCAUUGAUGGAGCAGCCAGGGAAACCAGAGGAUAAAGUGACCCCGUCGUCUCAGAAGGAAAAGGAGCCUUCACCUGCGCCGGAGAGAGAACCUGAAGCCAAGACUCCUACGGACGGUGAGAAGAAGCCUCUUGGUGACGAGGCAACUAAAGAGCCUUUGCCUAUUGUCAAAGAAGCAAGCCCUGACUAUACAACCGUAACCACCGUCACUGAGCACAAACCACGGAAGUCGAAAUCUAAGAAGGCACCUUCCGAGGUUUCCACUGCUACCGAAGUGCCGGAGACCGUUCCAUUGAUGGAGCAGCCAGGGAAACCAGAGGAUAAAGUGACCCCGUCGUCUCAGAAGGAAAAGGAGCCUUCACCUGCGCCGGAGAGAGAACCUGAAGCCAAGACUCCUACGGACGGUGAGAAGAAGCCUCUUGGUGACGAGGCAACUAAAGAGCCUUUGCCUAUUGUCAAAGAAGCAAGCCCUGACUAUACAACCGUAACCACCGUCACUGAGCACAAACCACGGAAGUCGAAAUCUAAGAAGGCACCUUCCGAGGUUUCCACUGCUACCGAAGUGCCGGAGACCGUUCCAUUGAUGGAGCAGCCAGGGAAACCAGAGGAUAAAGUGACCCCGUCGUCUCAGAAGGAAAAGGAGCCUUCACCUGCGCCGGAGAGAGAACCUGAAGCCAAGACUCCUACGGACGGUGAGAAGAAGCCUCUUGGUGACGAGGCAACUAAAGAGCCUUUGCCUAUUGUCAAAGAAGCAAGCCCUGACUAUACAACCGUAACCACCGUCACUGAGCAUAAACCACGGAAGUCGAAAUCUAAGAAGGCACCUUCCGAGGUUUCCACUGCUACCGAAGUGCCGGAGACUGUUCCAUUGAUGGAGCAGCCAGGGAAACCAGAGGAUAAAGUGACCCCGUCGUCUCAGAAGGAAAAGGAGCCUUCACCUGCGCCGGAGAGAGAACCUGAAGCCAAGACUCCUACGGAAGGUGAGAAGAAGCCUCUUGGUGACGAGGCAACUAAAGAGCCUUUGCCUAUUGUCAAAGAAGCAAGCCCUGACUAUACAACCGUAACCACCGUCACUGAGCACAAAUCAAGGAAGUCGAAGUCCAAGAAGGCACCUUCAGAGCCUUCCGCUGUUAUUGAAGUCCAGGAGGCUGUCCCGUUGAAGGACCAUCCAGAGAAACCAGAUGAUAAAGUGACCCCUGCGUCUGAAAAAGAAAAGGAGCCUUCACCUGCGCCAGAGAAAGAGUCUGAAGACAAGAUGCCUGAGGAAAGUGAGAAGACUCCUCUUGAUGAGAAGGCAACCAUAUUGUCUAAGCCUGAGGUCACAGAAGGAAGUCCUAGCUUCACGACCAUCACCACCACCGUCACUGAGCACAAACCACGAAAGUCCAAGUCUAAGAAGGCACCUUCAGGGCCUUCCACUGUCACCGAUGUCCAGGAGGCCGUUCCAUUGAAAGAACAUCCAGAGAAACCAAAGGAUUAUGUGAUUCCUACGUCUAAAAUAGAGCCUUCACCUGCACUAGACAAACAGCCUGAUGACAAGAUGCCUAAGGAAUGUGAGAGGGCACCUGUUGUUGACAAGGAACCUACAACUGAGGACAGAAACGGAAGCCCUGACUUUGCGGCCGUCACUACCACGGUCACUAAGCACAGAUCACGAAAGCCUAAACCUAAGAAGGCACCUUCAGAGCCCUCGGCGCUUCCGAAAAUCGUGAAUACAUUUCUACCGAAUGCAAAGGAAAAGGAGCCUUACGCUGAGCCGCUGAAGGGCUCCAUCGAAGGUGAUAAGGCACCCGAAGAGCUUUUGACUCAGGUCACAGAAGGCCGUUCUGUUGGUGGAAGGGUUAUUAGAAGAGUGUUCAGGAAUGGUCAGUGGCAGGAACUUCCCGAGGACGAGGAGGUAACUGUAGAAGAAGAAACAUGCCCUGACGGUGUCAAGCGCCAUGUCACGAAGGUGUCUAAGACUGGUGAGCCAGUUCAAAUGCUAGAGGCACCGCACGGUGAGCCGACUGACACUGAGGAAUCCACCCCAGAGAACGUCGUCACGGAGGAAGUCGGACCAGAUGGCAUCGUUAGACGCGUGGUUACCCGUCGCAUUGUCACGACAAGGACUUUGCCAUAUGAGGUUAGGGUCACUGACAUUCCCGGUGUUAAAUGGGUGAUUAGGAGAGUGUUCAGGAAUGGUCAGUGGCAGGAACUUCCCGAGGACGAGGAGGUAACUGUAGAAGAAGAAACAGGCCCUGAUGGUGUCAAGCACCAUGUCACGAAGCUGUCCAAGACUGGUGAGCCAGUUCAAAUGAUAGAGGCACCGCACGGUGAGCCGACUGACACUGACGAAUCCACCCCAGAGAACGUCGUCACGGAGGAAGUCGGACCAGAUGGCAUCGUUAGACGCGUGGUUACCCGUCGCAUUGUGACGACAAGAACUUUGCCAUAUGUGGUUAGGGUCACUGACAUUCCCGGUGUUCAAAGGGUGAUUAGGAGAGUGUUCAGGAAUGGUCAGUGGCAGGAACUUCCCGAGGACGAGGAGGUAACUGUAGAAGAAGAAACAGACCCUGACGGUGUCAAGCUCUAUGUCACAAAGGUGUCCAAGACAGGUGAGCCAGUUCAAAUGCUAGAUGCACCGCAUGGAGAGCCGAUUGACGAAUCCACCCUAGACAACGUCGUCACGGAGGAAGUGGGACCAGAUGGCAUCGUUAGACGCGUGGUUACCCGUCGCAUUGUCACGACAAGAACUUUGCCAUAUGAGGUUAGGGUCACUGACAUUCCCGGUGUUAAAAGGGUGAUUAGGAGAGUGUUCAGGAAUGGUCAGUGGCAGGAACUUCCCGAGGACGAGGAGGUAACUGUAGAAGAAGAAACAGGCCCUGACGGUGUCAAGCUCUAUGUCACAAAGGUGUCCAAGACAGGUGAGCCAGUUCAAAUGCUAGAUGCACCGCAUGGAGAGCCGACUGACGAAUCCACCCCAGAGAACGUCGUCACGGAGGAAGUGGGACCAGAUGGCAUCGUUAGACGCGUGGUUACCCGUCGCAUUGUCACGACAAGAACUUUGCCACAUGAGGUUAGGGUCACUGACAUUCCCGGUGUUAAAAGGGUGAUUAGGAGAGUGUUCAGGAAUGGUCAGUGGCAGGAACUUCCCGAGGACGAGGAGGUAACUGUAGAAGAAGAAACAGGCCCUGACGGUGUCAAGCUCCAUGUCACAAAGGUGUCCAAGACAGGUGAGCCAGUUCAAAUGCUAGAUGCACCGCAUGGAGAGCCGACUGACGAAUCCACCCCAGACAACGUCGUCACGGAGGAAGUGGGACCAGAUGGCAUCGUUAGACGCGUGGUUACCCGUCGCAUUGUCACGACAAGAACUUUGCCAUAUGAGGUUAGGGUCACUGACAUUCCCGGUGUUCAAAGGGUGAUUAGGAGAGUGUUCAGGAAUGGUCAGUGGCAGGAACUUCCCGAGGACGAGGAGGUAACUGUAGAAGAAGAAACAGGCCCUGACGGUGUCAAGCUCUAUGUCACAAAGGUGUCCAAGACAGGUGAGCCAGUUCAAAUGCUAGAUGCACCGCAUGGAGAGCCGACUGACGAAUCCACCCCAGAGAACGUCGUCACGGAGGAAGUGGGACCAGAUGGCAUCGUUAGACGCGUGGUUACCCGUCGCAUUGUCACGACAAGAACUUUGCCAUAUGUGGUUAGGGUCACUGACAUUCCCGGUGUUCAAAGGGUGAUUAGGAGAGUGUUCAGGAAUGGUCAGUGGCAGGAACUUCCCGAGGACGAGGAGGUAACUGUAGAAGAAGAAACAGGCCCUGAUGGUGUCAAGCACCAUGUCACAAAGCUAUCCAAGACUGGUGAGCCAGUUCAAAUGCUAGAGGCACCGCACGGUGAGCCGACUGAGGAAUCCACCCCAGAGAACGUCGUCACCGAGGAAGUGGGACCAGAUGGCAUCGUUAGGCGCGUGGUUACCCGUCGCAUUGUCACGACAAGGACUUUGCCGUAUGAGGUUAGGGUCACUGACAUUCCCGGUGUUAAAAGGGUGAUUAGGAGAGUGUUCAGGAAUGGUCAGUGGCAGGAACUUCCCGAGGACGAGGAGGUAACUGUAGAAGAAGAAACAGGCCCUGACGGUGUCAAGCUCUAUGUCACAAAGGUGUCCAAGACAGGUGAGCCAGUUCAAAUGCUAGAUGCACCGCAUGGAGAGCCGACUGACGAAUCCACCCCAGAGAACGUCGUCACGGAGGAAGUGGGACCAGAUGGCAUCGUUAGACGCGUGGUUACCCGUCGCAUUGUCACGACAAGGACUUUGCCAUAUGAGGUUAGGGUCACUGACAUUCCCGGUGUUAAAAGGGUGAUUAGGAGAGUGUUCAGGAAUGGUCAGUGGCAGGAACUUCCCGAGGACGAGGAGGUAACUGUAGAAGAAGAAACAGGCCCUGACGGUGUCAAGCUCUAUGUCACAAAGGUGUCCAAGACAGGUGAGCCAGUUCAAAUGCUAGAUGCACCGCAUGGAGAGCCGACUGACGAAUCCACCCCAGAGAACGUCGUCACGGAGGAAGUGGGACCAGAUGGCAUCGUUAGACGCGUGGUUACCCGUCGCAUUGUCACGACAAGAACUUUGCCAUAUGAGGUUAGGGUCACUGACAUUCCCGGUGUUCAAAGGGUGAUUAGGAGAGUGUUCAGGAAUGGUCAGUGGCAGGAACUUCCCGAGGACGAGGAGGUAACUGUAGAAGAAGAAACAGGCCCUGACGGUGUCAAGCUCUAUGUCACAAAGGUGUCCAAGACAGGUGAGCCAGUUCAAAUGCUAGAUGCACCGCAUGGAGAGCCGACUGACGAAUCCACCCCAGAGAACGUCGUCACGGAGGAAGUGGGACCAGAUGGCAUCGUUAGACGCGUGGUUACCCGUCGCAUUGUCACGACAAGAACUUUGCCAUAUGUGGUUAGGGUCACUGACAUUCCCGGUGUUCAAAGGGUGAUUAGGAGAGUGUUCAGGAAUGGUCAGUGGCAGGAACUUCCCGAGGACGAGGAGGUAACUGUAGAAGAAGAAACAGGCCCUGAUGGUGUCAAGCACCAUGUCACAAAGCUGUCCAAGACUGGUGAGCCAGUUCAAAUGCUAGAGGCACCGCACGGUGAGCCGACUGAGGAAUCCACCCCAGAGAACGUCGUCACGGAGGAAGUAGGACCAGAUGGCAUCGUUAGACGCGUGGUUACCCGUCGCAUAGUCACGACUAGAACUUCACCGUAUGAGAUUAUCACUGGUAUUGGGUCACUGAUGGGAUCAUUGAGGGACCAAUCAGUGAAGCCAGUGGAUGAAGUAACCCCUCAAGAUGUGCUAGAGGUGGAACCUUCACCCCUGCCAACAGUGAAGGAGCCUUUGGAUAGGCCACUUAAAGAGCCUGAGAGGACACCACAUAGCGUCACGAAAGUUCCAGAAGAGCCUUUACCACAGCGGAAAGAACGAAGAACAAAACGAAGUAAGGCAACCUCGACACCGCCGAGGGCUGCUGAAACGGUUGCAGGCACAUGGGCCCGCUGGGGCGUCACCGAGUCUCCAAUGCCGCCUUCCUCAAUGGGAAGUACUGAUAAUACCACACAAGAAGAAGCACUAAAACUAAAUAUGUCGGACAAUUUGUGCGACCUUGAGACGGCUGAACCAACAGCGAAACCCACAUCUGAGAAGGAGACGACACAUGAUCUGUUCGUGCAAAGACAACGAAAAACCUCACCCGAGAUCGAUAGAACACACCAUGUGUCUUGUACAGAGCCCCAAGAAACAGCUCGCAUUCGCCGUGAUGCCACUGCUGCUGACCCUAGUCAGCCGCCAUCAGAUAUAACUGCAACUCAUGCUGACGAUGUUGAAAGUCAAGAGGGCGUGACUGAGAGGGAACCGCAUCGUUUCCUCCCUGACGACACAAGCGUAAUCCUCGAUGAGCACAUACAUGACAUCGAUGGAAAGCCUAUCAUGAAAGGAUUUAAGAAGAAGAAAAAGAAACGCGGAACUGCAAGGGAAGCAGUAGAGCAUGCUCCUUCAGGGCAAGAACUUAGACCGAUUCCUCACGUCCAAAAGAAUUAUGCCGACAGAGAAAAAGAAAGUCCAGAGAUCACGUUGGAAACACCUGACAUGGCCGAAGAGAACCGAGAAACAUCAGAUCUGUCUCUGGAAGAGAAAGGCAGAAAUAUGAAGGAGGAAAAAGGUGGACAUCUGCCAGGACGCGAAGACCAUGUCAGAGAAGGUGCCGCAAGACCUUCAACUGUUGGCAGGCUCAAAGAUGAUCAGGUAAAGGAGCCAGGUAAUCUAGAAGAAAUUCCUUGGGGUUUUUCUUCGGACCUCUCGCCAUACGCGCAGGAAUUCCACAUGCCUGGUGAAGCGCGCAUUACCGGAGUCCAGCUUUACCGUGAAGAUACGCCUCUUUCAACGGAGCGCUUCCUAGACGAGGGCACCAGCGAUGGUCAUAUAGCAGAUACCGCAGAGAGUACAGAGAGGAAACCAGCUGACAAUGUUUGGAGCACCGCUACUUCAACACAACCGAUCACAUUCUCGAGUGUAGUGAAGGGCGCGCAUCCUACUCAAAUGCCACUGCCUCCUGGAAUUAUAGUCGUGGAAGCACCGGACACCGGAGCAGCGCAUGAUCUUGUGAAGGAGCAACGCCAACACACUGGCUCGUUGCUAUCCGAAGAGGAACCCCGAGAUAAAGACAGAAGACGAAGAGAUCGCUCCAAAUCUAAGAAGGGCGAGACAUACAUAAUUUCGUCUCUCCUCAUGGACCGCUCACGAGAACGAUCUCGGUCAAGGUCCCCGUCGCCUUUUACCAGAAAGGAAAAACAUGGCGUUAUCAGGAUUUCCGAUGACAGUAUGCGUGAAAAGGGGAAACCUGGGGACCCUGAUGGGGAAACCACACAAAAGUUGAGUGAGGAAAAGAUCCGCAGUCGCGUCAAGGAACCUGCUCCAGAAGAGAAAAUUCCAGCCUCUGAAGAAUCAGACCGCGAGCCUGAAAAGAAGGACCGGACAGUACCGACAUCAGCUACCAUUUCCACACAGCGGAUACUGAAGAAAUCGAAACAACAUUUUCAAGAACCCGUGUCAACGCAGCCUCCACAAGCAGACGAUGCACCUCACAAACCGGACGGCGAUAGCGCGCUCCGGGAAUUUGAUGUAAAAGGAUCAUUCCGAGAACCAGAAAAGAAGUCAACGACUCCCAAGGACGGCAAAGAACGUACGGUUGAUGACACGGAGACCUCCACGGAAGAACGCAAGCCUAAGGAGGGACCUCCACCACUUGUGACGUUCACCACGACCGUCACAGAACGCAAGACUAAGAAAGCCAAGUCGAGGAAAGCUCCACAUGAACCCGAGUCGCUUGAAUCUUUGCCAUCACAGGAUGAACCACAGAAGCCCGAAUACAAACGUGACAUCCAGCAGGGAAAAGCCAGGGAACCAUCCCCAGGAAAAAAGCAGCCUGAAGAAAAAAUCUCCGAGGCUGCCAAGGAACCUCCGGUGGAUGAAGAGGAACCACCAUCUAAGGAAACCGAGCCUAAGCAUAAGGAAGGAAGUCCAUCGCUUGUGACGUUCUCGACGACUACCACAGAGCACAGGACUAAGAAGUCCAAGUCGAGGAAAGCUCCGCGUGAACCCGAGUCGAUUGAAUCAUUGCCAUCACACGAUGAACCACAGAAGCUUGAAGACAAACGUGACAUCCAGCAGGGAAAAGCCAAGGAACCAUCCCCAGAAACAAAGGAGCCUGAAGAGAAAGUCUCCGAGACUGCCGAGGAACCUCCGGUGGAUGAGAAGAAACCACCAUCUAAGGAAACCGAGCCUCAGCAUAAGGAAGGAAGUCCAUCGCUUGUGACGUUCUCGACGACUACCACAGAGCACAGGACUAAGAAGUCCAAGUCGAGGAAAGCUCCGCGUGAACCCGAGUCGAUUGAAUCAUUGCCAUCACACGAUGAACCACAGAAGCUCGAAGACAAACGUGACAUCCAGCAGGGAAAGGCCAAGGAACCAUCCCCAGAAACAAAGGAGCCUGAAGAGAAAGUCUCCGGGGCUGCCAAGGAACCUCCAGUGGAUGAGAAGAAACCACCAUCUAAGGAAACCGAGCCUCAGCAUAAGGAAGGAAGUCCAUCGCUUGUGACGUUCUCGACGACUACCACAGAGCACAGGACUAAGAAGUCCAAGUCGAGGAAAGCUCCGCGUGAACCCGAGUCGAUUGAAUCAUUGCCAUCACACGAUGAACCACAGACGCUUGAAGACAAACGUGACAUCCAGCAGGGAAAAGCCAAGGAACCAUCCCCAGAAACAAAGGAGCCUGAAGAGAAAGUGUCCGAGGCUGCCAAGGAACCUCCGGUGGACGAGAAGAAACCACCAUCUAACGAAACCGAGCCUCAGCAUAAGGAAGGAAGUCCAUCGCUUGUGACGUUCUCGACGACUACCACAGAGCACAGGAGUAAGAAGCCCAAGUCGAGGAAAGCUCCGCGUGAAUCCGAUUCGAUUGGAUCAUUGCCAUCACACGACAAACCAAAGAAGCUUGAAGACAAACGUGACAUCCAUCCGGGAGAAGACAAGGAACCAUCCUCUGAAACAAAGGAGCCUCAAGAGAAAGUCUACGAGGCUUCCAAGGAACCUCCGGUGGAUGAGGAGAAACCACCAUCUAAGGAAACCGAGCCUCAACAUAAGGAAGGAAGUCCAUCGCUUGUGACGUUCUCGACGACUAUCACUCAGCACAGGACUAAGAAGUCCAAGUCGAGGAAAGCUCCCCGUGAACCCGAGUCGAUUGAAUCAUUGCCGUCACAGGAUGAACCACAGAGGCCCGGAGACGAACGUGACAUUCAGCAGGGAACAGACGAGGAACCAUCCCCAAAAACAAAGGAGCCUGAAGAGAAAGUCUCCGAGGCUGCCAAGGAACCUCCGGUGGAUGAGAAGAAGCCAUCAGCUAAGGAAACCGAGCCUCAGCAUAAGGAAGGAAGCCCAUCGCUUGUGACGCUCUCGACCGCCAUCACAGAACAUAGGACUAAGAAAUCCAAGUCGAGGAAAGCUCCGCAUGAACCUGUGCCGUUUGAAUCAUUGCCAUCACAGGAUCAAGUGCAGAAACCCGAAGACAAACGAGACAUCCAGCACGGGAAAGACAAGGAAUCAUCUCCAAAAACAAAGGAGCCUCAAGAGAAAGUCUCUGAGGCUGCCAAGGAACCUCCGGUGGAUGAAAAGAAGCCACCAGCUAAGGAAUCCGAGCCCCGGAAAAAGGAAGGGAGUCCAUCGGUUGUCACGUUCUCGACGACCAUCACAGAACGCAGGAGUAAGAAGUCCAAGUCGAGGAAAGCUCCGCAUGAACCCAAGUCGCUUGAAUCAUUGCCCUCACAGGAUGAACCACAGAAGCCCGAAGACAAACGUGACAUCCAGCGGGGAAAAGACAAGGAACCAUCCCCAGAAACAAAGGAGCCUGAAGAGAACCUCUCCGAGACUGCCAAGGAACCUCCGGUGGAUGCGGAGAAACAACCAUCUAAGGAAACCGAGCCUCAGCAAAAGGAAGGGAGUCCAUCGCUUGUGACGUUCUCGACCACCAUCACAGAGCACAGGACUAAGAAGUCCGAGUCGAGGAGAACUCCGCAUGCACCCGAGUUGGUUGAAUUCGCACCAUCGCAGGACGAAUCUCGAGAACCAAGGGAGGUUUGGGAAGCAGAUGCACGCGAUAUAAUCCCUCAUGUCACGAAACCUAGUAGCGGUACAUCAGACACACCAGGUCCUUCACCAAAACCAGAGCAGACAAGUGUGUGUGGAGGACCCGAUAUCUCUACCGGUGAACAAUACGAAUACUUUUCAUCAGAAUUACCAAUGGUGUCCGAGCGGCCGACGCAAGCCACUGGUCGUCACGAAAGACUGUCAAUCUUUAAAAAACUUAUGGACACCGGCAGUGGUGUCGUAAAAUUCAUAGGCGACAGUUUUCAGGUCGGCAAGCUGGGAGAGCCAUUGCCCCCUAUAGGACAGACCGUUGGCGAAACUCCAACAGGGACUCCGACUAAAGUCGAAGGGUUGCCCUCGCAAGCGGCUGCUCAGGACAACUUCAGGGCUAUGGAAAUGGAACCUCGACUUGUCGAGGAUGUGAAAGAUUUCCCUAGUACGGAACAACCAGGAACUGCGGCACCCAAGCAUCUGGAGAGGACGUCUGAUCUAUCAGAUACUGCCGUACCAUACGAAACUUCCACGGACCAUCAUUUCGAACAACCGUACUCUCAAGAGCCACCAAGUGCGACGGAUGAUGCAACUAGGUUGGAUGACAAGCGUGUUAGUGAUAAGCAUGGUAAAAAGAAGGGAAAGAGAACUAAAGGACAGACAUUCAGCAUAUCGUCGUGGCUUAAAGAUGAAGGUGAAGGACGCUCCACCCGUAAGUCUCCUUCACCGUUUGACCAAGAAAGCGUUGGCAAACCAGUUCGCCGAACUGUUCCCUCGGAUCCAAGGGGUCCAGGAUAUCACGGCAACGGAACCAUCCCUCAGAGAACUUCACCUUCUAAAUCCAUGAAGACUGGAACCACUCCUGAUGCAGAUGUUAAACGGGCCCUGACUGACUUUGAAGAUCUAAAAUCUGCACAUUCUGAUAUCGGUCACGAUUCACCCUCUUGUCGAGCUGACAAGAUAUCCGAUACGACACAGUCGGUGCCUGAAGACAAAGUACUUCAGAAGGCACUAUGUCCGGAAAUACCUGUACAAUUUGAAAAAGAGUCACUGGUUCUGACAGCUGCCGAGCGCGGUGAAGUCCCACUAGGACAGCCCGUGACGGAUGUUGCCCCUGAACGCAAGACAGAGGGUACGCCGUGGUAUUCUUCAUUCAUAACCCACGUAGUCCCCGGAUGUAAAGAGUACGAGGUCAAAGGUUUCUCAGAAUCUGAACCAUUUGAAGGCGGUUCACUGCAUGAUGCCAAACCACCGCUUGUGUCCCAGUCCGAGGACGAAGACGAUGUCUCCGGAGCACCAGAUAGGGACAAGGGAAUGCGUGCUAGAAAACUGAAGGGUGAAACGUACGUCGUCUCUGGUCUAAGCUGGGAUAUGGGCAAUCGAAGAUCUUCCUCGAAGUCACCUUCGCCACCUGUGCGCUCAAAUAUCACGGAGUGGAAGACAUUCGUAUCUGCUCCCAAACCUGAAGUUCGUCCCGAGGAAAUGCCGCAGCUGGAGCUCGAACAGCAGGCUGUUGCAAUAUCAGCAAAGAUGCAAGAGUUUCCCAGUCGUUCCGACGUAAAGAGACAUCCUCAGGAGGCAAGAGAGAUUAAGGAUGGCGAGAGUAGUCUGCCUAGAGCGACUCAGGUCUCGUACAGCUUCCUUGCUCAUCGAGUCCCACAUGUAUCCGAUCGAAGUGAGACCAGUCCGAAAUUUGAACAAGGCACUCCCAUUGGUGACAGGGAUGCUGAGGAACAACGCAAGGAAUCCGACGACUUUUCAUCUCCAGCGCAACCUACGGAUUUAAAGGAGACAGAUGUUUCUAUCAAGCCUGAGUGCUCACAACCAGCUGAGCUGCAGUUGAGUCCACUUAGCACAUCGGAUGCACAAAUAGAGGCAGUCGUUGCUCCAGAUACAAGCAGGUCUGAACCAAGGGCUGCGCCAUCAGAAACAGACCAUAAACAGGGAGCACCAAAGAAGUCUCGACGGCUGAAGGGAGAAACUUACAUCGUUUCUUCUUCUAUGACUGACAGCUCAGGCAGGCGUUCUUUGUCGAAGUCUCCAUCGCCGCCAGUAAGGACCCACCGAACAGAGCGUGGCCACCAUAAAGCUCCCAAAGAAGACGUCCCUCUUACUAAAGCCGCGUUUACUACAGUUACUGAAGACUUUCCAAAGGCUCAGCAGCCUACAAAGAUAACGGAAAAGGAGGACGAACCUGCCCUACCCGCUGAUACUACCAUGGUCAUCGACGAUUACGCAAGUAUUCCUACAUAUGACACACGUGCACCAGAGACAGUGCCAGACGAGCUUGGACAACCGUACGGAACAGGGGCUGACGAAACACUAACGACACCCCACGAAAACGAGCAGGGUAGAACUGUUCCGUCUGAUAAAGGAACGUCUUGGACGCAAUAUGUGACGGGUUGGUUCACACUUGGCGGUGGUUCGCAACCAGAACGGACACCUGAUGGACAAGCUGAACUCUACCAGAGUGCUGUCGCUCGUAGUCUUCCCAUCACUGGAAAGGAAUCAUAUGAUUUCCAAGAGAUCCCUCGGGACCAGGAAGGAGUACCAUCCACUGCACCUGUGAUUGGUGACGACACACGACCCGGCACCACAACCGAACUCCUGGAGCCUCAAAGGAGCUCCAGUCCUCAUGUGACGGCGGAGCGUCUCCUAUCCUUGGACCAACCGGAACACACGCUAGAGUUUAUUACUCAUUGGAUCAUCACAAUCAGGGAGAUGUUGUAUCAGCUUCCCUCUGUGAGUGGCAGCGACAAAUCCAAACGGGUCCAGGAUGCACAGCAAGAGCUAGACAAGCUGAAAACUGCUAUGGCCGACAAGGGCCUGCGCGACAAGCUGAAGACGUAUGCAGAUGAGAAUCCAGAAGCAUUCCAGGCAAUCCAAAAUAUAUCGUCCGGCUUAGAGGAAGCUACCGGAGCCCUAGAACGUGCACAUCUGGAACACCAGGCUGUACUCCCGACACUACAAGAUACUCGUGACCAAGCUACUCGAUACUCCUUCGUCGCGCAUCGGGUAUCGCACUUGCCUGACGAACAUGAUCAAUCACCUGUGAGAGACGUGAAUGCCUCCAUUCCAACAGCCGGCAAAUUUUUGUCCAAGCCUGUGCACCACCUUCCCUCAGAGGCACCGAAGGAUCCAGAUCAACCUGGAAAGCGUGACAUUGGAGCUCCAGAAGUACCCGCUGGCGACUCGAGGGAAGGUGCCGCUCCUAAAAUGAAACUGUCCGAUUCCAAGCCUGACGAAGAACCAGCAACCACGACUGAAGUAUACUUCGCAACAGAUUUGGACACUGAAAGAGUUGCAGCGUCCGCGCCAUGCCCAGGAAAAGAAAGGGGUGAAUCGCCACGGAAGUCGAGAAGACUUGAGGGAGCACCACACGCCUUCUUCCCUCCUACGGCAGGCGCUCGUCCUACCGUUGUGACGACAGAAUAUAUUAUAACAUCUGGUAUGGAGACACCAGGGUACACAUUAGAAUUUAUUUCGUGGUGGAUCGUCACUAUUCGAGAGUUAUUGGGGAAGCUUCGCUCGAAGAGCGACAGCGAGAAGGCACAUGCGCUACAGGAUGCACAGGAGCAGCUAGACCACCUGACGGCUGCUGUGACUGACGAGAACUUGCGUCAGAAGCUGAAGGCCUAUGCUGAUGAAAAUCCAGACGCAUUGCCAAGCUUCGAAAACGUAUCGUCGGACCUACAGCAGGCAGCAGAAGCUUUGGGACGCGCCCGUCUAGAAAACCAGGCCAUUCUCCCCGCACCAGAAGAUGCAACAAUUCAACCGUUGUACCCAUACUCCUUUGUUGCACAUCAGGCUCCAUAUUCAGCAGACCAACCAUCCCGAGAUGCAGGGACAGACAUUGUGGCAGAAGUUGCCAGUACCACAGCUGUUGUUCAUGACCUCCCUACAGAACUACCACUAAGCUCAGAACAACCUGGAAAGCGUGAUGGGAUUGAAACUCCAGAAGUACCCGCUGGCGUCUCGAGGGAAGCUGCCGCUCCUAAACAGAAACUGUCCGAUUCCAAGCCUGACGAAAAACCAGCAACCACGACUGAAGCAUAUCUCGCAACAGAUUUGGACACCGAAAGGGUUGCACCGUCCGCGCCAUGCCCAGGAAAAGAAAGGGGUGAAUCUCCAAGGGAGUCGAGAAGACUUGAGGGAGCACCACACGCCUUCUUCCCUCCUACGGCAGGCGCUCGUCCUACCGUUGUGACGACAGAAUAUAUUAUAACAUCUGGUAUGGAGACACCAGGGUACACAUUAGAAUUUAUUUCGUGGUGGAUCGUCACUAUUCGAGAGUUAUUGGUGAAGCUUCACUCGAAGAGAGACAGCGAGAAGGCACAUGCGCUACAGGAUGCACAGGAGCAGCUAGACCACCUGACGGCUGCUGUGACUGACGAGAAUUUGCGCCAGAAGCUGAAGGCCUAUGCUGAUGAAAAUCCAGACGCAUUGCCAAGCUUCGAAAACGUAUCGUCGGACCUACAGCAGGCAGCAGAAGCUUUGGGACGCGCCCGUCUAGAAAACCAGGCUGUUCUCCCCGCACCAGAAGAUGCCACAAUUCAACCGUUGUACCCAUACUCCUUGGUUGCACAUCAGGCGCCAUAUUCAGCAGACCAACCAUCCCGAGAUGCAGGUGCAGACAUCGUGGCAGAAGUAGCCAGUAUUACAGCUUCCGACAUGCAUGACCCCACUACAGAACUACCAGUAGGCUCAGAACAACUUGGAAAACGUGAUGGCAUUGAAGCUCCAGGAGCACCUACUGACGCAAAACCAGCAAAGAAGAAGUCUGUCUCCUUUAAGGACACGCCAUAUGAUUAUAAAUCGCCAGACCAAUCAACAAGUGCUGCUGAACGCCAACCAGAAAUUGGCACUGGUUCGGGUACCAAAGAGUUCGAACCGUCCGCACCACGCCUAGAAGAUGAAAAGAGUGGUCCACCAGGGCAACCAGGAGUAAAGGGAGCAACCCACGGCAUCUCUUCCCCCAGAACAGAUACCCCUCCUCACCUUGUGACGACAGAAUAUAUUCUUACCUCCAGUCAGCAAGCACCGUGGUACACUCUGGAGUUUAUUACUCGAUGGAUCAUCACACUUCGUCAGACUCUGGAGAAACUUCCUUCUAUGGAUGACAGCGAGAAGUCUCGAGAACUGGAGGAUGCACAGGAACAGCUGGACAACCUGAAAGCUGCUAUGGCCGACGAGACACUGCGCGACAGGCUGAGGGCAUAUGCGGAUGAGAAUCCGGAGGCUUUCCAGACAAUUACAAAUCUUUCGUCCGACUUACAGCAAGCUACUGAAGCACUGGGACGUGCACGUGUGGAACAUCAAGAACCGCGCGACUCUCAAGGUCAGUCCUCCUCUCUAUGCUCAUUCGUGGCACAUCGAGCAUCAUACGAACCGGACCGACGUGAGGCACCACAACAAACGAUCCACGAUAUCUUUGCAGCAGGGCCAGACGUUUCCCCUUCCCCAGCUGAUGAUAAGCCUAUGCCUCAGCCAGUGCACCACAUCUCGUCAGACCUACCAGAAGAGGCUACUAAGGACGAACUAGAGAGUGCCACCAUGCAUGGCACAUCUUCUGAGGUCGAACCGUCUACCCCAGCUCCAGAAGAACAAAAGCAUGGUGGAGCAAAGAAAUCCAGAAGGUUCAAGGGAGAGACCUAUGUCAUCUCGUCGUCUAUGACAGACAGCUCUGGCCGACGGUUCUGGUCAAAGUCACCAUCUCCGCCAGACGGGGAACAAAGGCCACAGCGAGCACCACCUGGAAGACAUAAAAGUCCGAAAGAGGAUGUCUUGCCGGCAGGGUCAGCUUAUCCCACAAAGGAUUCCAAUGAAGAACCCGCUGCUCAGAAGGACGUUCCUGUGUUCUUAGAGGAGCCCUUGCCAUCCGUUGGGCCCGUUGUUGGUAAAGCCGACGAGCAGACGAUUAGCUUGGCCACAGAUAGUUCUAUGCUGCCUGCCGAGGAACCGUAUGGACAUGUUCACGAACCCACCGAUCUCGAGCAAGGGCUUCCAACGGGAAGCGUCGAAACAAUAAAACAAGAUGAGCCUCAGGACCGUCUCACCGACGGGGGAACGUCUUGGACACAGUACGUGCCAAGCUGGCUGAAAUUUGGUGGCAGCGCACAAGUAGGACACCCACAGGUUGACACCGAAGUGUCCGAAAAAGACGGUGGUGUUAGCGGUGACAGUAUUACGUAUACGGUGUCGCAUGAGCUGGAACAGGCCGCACAACCAGGCACCAAGUCUCAUGAUGUUGAUGAAUCAAAACCGAGUUCUGCUCCAGUUGUCCAUCGAGCCAGCAUCAGUCCAGCGAAGGCUGUGGAUCGUGAUUCAGAUAGAAAGGAGCCGACAUAUCCCACGCGUCCUGUGACAGAUGAAGAUAUAGCAAUGUUGAGGGAACGGCCGCCGGAAUACACCUUGGACUUUAUUUCUCGUUGGCUCAUCAUUGUCCAACAGAUCUUGGAACAACUUAGGUCAUUGCCUGACGCUGAGAAGACUCAGCAAAUGCAGGUUGCACAGGAACAGCUAGACCGUGUAACAGCAGCUUUAGCAGACCCUGACCUCCGUGACAAGAUGAAGUCACGUGGCGAUGAGAAGCCAGAGUCAUUCCAGAGGUUCCGACAGUUAUCGUCCGACCUCCAGCAACUGACGGAGGCCUUCGGACGUGAGCGUCUGGAACAUGACUCUAAAUUACAGGCCGAGAAGCGCACUCGGGAUCAGCUCUCAGCAAUUCGCCAAUGGUUGAUUCAGCUCCAGUGCAUACUGCGUAUCGAUAUCGAGUACAUCCAAGAUCCAAGUCUUCUGGAAAAGCUCUUACAAGACAUUAAGCGUUUCAUCGCCGAUUUGCCGUCCCGCAAGCGUCAGCUAGAAGCACUGAAGUCGGAAGGUGCACUGCAAGAUGUCGAUGUUGCUGAAAUACAAAAACAGUUGGAUGAUGCUGGGUCCAGACUGGGAGACUGCGUAAAAUCUCUGGAAGACGCGAGAGCAAACGUUCUUCAAGAACGCCAGCAGCAACACCUGAACUGGAAGGUCCUGCAAGAUUUAGCAUCAUCAGGUCCGGAUGCUGACUCUGAGGCUGCCAGCACCGAAGCCCAAUGGCUGCAGGACACAGAGAAUGUGGUGAACGCCCACGAAGAAAUCCUGUUAUCUCAACUUCAACAGCCGCCUGAGCAGUAUCGUGGAGGAGAGGGAGAUGACGAUGAUGUGGAAUGGGUGAUACCAUUUUCCACCGAUGAGCCUGAGCCGUCAGAGGAACUCCCAACAUGGCUGGCGUGUCUGGAACCUCAUACCCUUCCAAACCGAAGACGGUGGCAACAUAUCAUAGGACGUUACGCGGACACACCAAGCCGUGACCUUCCAUCAGAUACAGCAGAACUUCGUCGCAUCUGGAACAUCUUGCUGAAGUCCUGUCGCGGAUGGGUGACCGCAGCGCACGACCGAGUUCGUCGACUUCCGCGACAGCCGUUGCAGACACAGUUGGACGUGUAUGAGGUGCGUCAGAUGUUAGAUGAAGAACUGGUCCUCGUGCUUCGAGCGGUCACUCAACUGCGGCUUCUGGCAAAUUUGCUGUCACAACGACUCCCACAAGAGGAUAUUCGAUCCCUAGGGGAAAGCAUCAGCGACCUCGACCACCAGGUCGCUUCGCUGCAAAGUCUUCUCAAGGACACAUUAGAUCAGACCAUCGCUUCAGAAAAGCAAACUCAAGAGGCUAAGGAUCACAUCGACGCCGUUGUGAACAAGGCCAGGGAUGACGUGGAACCCAAGUUGGCAAGUCGAGACCGCCAACUUUCCAUAAAGGAACUGCCAAGUGAUGAGGACAUCGACCAGAUUUUAUCGCACGUGAUCACAGGCAGUCGCCAAUUGGAUGCUAUCGAAGAGAAGCUCAAACGUGACAAACGUCAACGCAGCAGCACCGAUCGGGAAAUUCUUGCGGCGCGAGCUACCCUGGAUAGCCUGCGUAAAAAGAUCCUGGAAUGGGCCUGGUGGUGUCGGCAAAGAAGAGACCCGCGAGAGCUUCGACUUCAGGCUCGUCGUGCAUUAAAAACUCAUGUUGAUGUUCUGCAGCCACAGCUCACUGUAGCUCCACCAGCACUGCAAGCAACAGGAGAAGUGAACAAGCUGAAGGAGAGCGUACGAGAACUGAAGCUCUUGGACACACUGCUUAACAUAACGAAGCCGACGGAGGUUGCAACGGCUGACGUGAGUGAUGAGGACGCUGAAGAAUCCCUUACGUCCCCCGGUGACACCGUGGCGUUGGCUGAGGCACGGUUGGCUGAAUUGCGCUCAAUGGCCGAUGUAAGGGCACAGCUGGAACGAGCUGUGAGUGACCUCCAACGAUGGCUUGAAGACAACGCUCUUCCAUCGGCUCCUGGUCGUGAUGACCAACCGGAGGCUGUGGAACGAUCCCUCAACCAUCACAAGACGCUCCUCCUAAAGGCAGAGGUACAACAGUCGUGCGUGGACAAUCUGCAAGCGCUGUUAGCCGACUUGGCAGCUAAGGGAAUCCCUCUUGAUCCCGAGAUUGUGGAAGUAAUUCUGCGAUGGAACGUAUACCGGGCAACCUUGAUCUCACGAGUGCAAGACUUGCAAGCCACUGUUGAACGUGAUCGAGAUAUGACCGCGUCCGCGGCAACUACGGAAGCAGCACUCAAGGACACUCAGCAAUUAUUGUCUUCGGAGCCAGAUAGGCAAGAUGCCGCCUGGUACAUCUGGCUCGCGAACGUCUACACAAGCUUGCUAACAGCGAGGCAGGGAAUCGAUAGCAUUGACGAAGCCGACAGAGACUCCGAAACACCGCAGCAAACCUCGAAGCCUCCUCGUAGAAGCGUUUCCGAAUACAAUGAACGCGCGGAUAACCUGCAACAAGAAGUGGAAAAGAGGCUCAAUGGUUCAAUGCCAGAUGCAGAUUCUAAGACGCGCGCUGAGGUUCAAGAAUUACUUGAAAAGCACCUUGACAACGUAGAGAAGCAACUUUCCGAAAUGGAAGCUGAUGAUACGACGGGACCAAAAGAAACUUUGCUACGACUCAAGGCUUGGUGGUGGCUGUUGGCGCGCUUAGAACAGUGGCUCUCUGCAUUGCCUGCGGAACACAACAAGGAUCAGGAUCCCAUAGCUGCCUUGGAGACCACAGUCAAGACCGGUGAUUUGCAGCGUCGGUUGACUGCGAUACAGACACGCCAUAACAACCUGGUGACUGACUUGAGCAAGCGAGGUUUGGCUGACAAAGGUCUUGACGCUAUAAAAACAAGGGUGGAGGAAGGAUUGGACACGGUAGACGCAGCAGCUGACGAAAUAUCCAAACAGCAUAGAGACACUAAGGACUGUGGUCUGGGGGACCCUGUGGCAGGAGCUGCUUGGCUGCGUUUCCUCCUGGCGCAAAUUGAAAAACUCAAGGCACUGGAAGAAGACAUAACGAAACUGAAAGCGGCGAACUACGAUGUGGGUGACAUGACGAAGAGAUCAAAAGAACUUCACCGCAGAACAGCAGAUCUACAGGCGUCUAUGAAGCCUCGAUCUGAAGCUGCAGGAAACUUGCAGGCUGCCCUGAGGGCGGCCAACGCGUUCGUCGACAACAUUGAAGACAGUCUGGACAACAGCAGCCACGGAGACCCUCAACUUUAUGAGAGUCACAAACACUCUCUGGAGGCGUUGCAACAGACGAUGUCCAAUAGGCAGCAACUCAUAUCUGCCGUUGAGGAUGCUGCGGAGAAAAUGAAAAAGAUGUCCGGCAAGAAGGCCAAGUCAGAAAUCGAUCAGCAAGUAAAAUCUAUUCGUGAGAGGUGGCAGAACUUGCAGAGACGGUUGUCAGACCUGCUGAAAGACAUCAGCAAGCUACAGCCCACAUGGAAGACCGUCAAAUCAGUUGAACAGGAACUCCUAGCAGCUCAGGCAAUUGAUGACGACCUUGAGAGGUCGAAGGCAGAAGAUACCGCCCUGAAAGCUGCGAGAAAACUGUCUCCCGAAGACCUCAAGAGCACGGUCUUCGAUACUUCACCCAUCUUGACUCGGCUCAAGCAUCUUCAGCAGGCCACGCCAGCACCUGGCCAGUCGAAAGAUACUCAACUAGAACAGGACGUUAUGACGAAGGACAUUGAGGAGAUUCGCACGUCGUUAACAGAAGCAGAUAAGGCUGUGGCAACAGGUGUUGACGAGGGCUUGUCUGUUGAAGAGUUGGUGAAUGCCAAGAACAGUACUAGGGACCUCCUGAGCAAAAUCAUCUGGUUGGGUUUCCGACUCCAUUCCCUUCGCGACCAAGCCAAAUCGACGCAAGACCCAACCAGAACCAGGGAACUGGAAGACCUCUUUGACCACUGGCAGCGAGUUUCUUCCCAACUCGUUCAGAAACACAACAACUACGAAGAACUGCUCGCCAGUCGCGAUCCGCCGCAGACACUGGCCUCGGAUCAGCUUAGAUUCCUCCGCGAAGUACGACGUGUCCUUCUACAACCAAUUCCCGAUGACCCCGAAGAAGCCAUCCGCUACCUGCAGCAACUUCUCAAGCUGAGUUUCACGCUGGCUUCUAGAGAGUCUGUGUACAGAACGAUCGCGAAGACCUCUCAACCGGACGCUGCUAGACGCUCGCGAGAACAGUUCAAGCAGCUCCUGGUCAUUCUGAGGUGGAGGAUUGUCUUCGUGCUUCGACGCGUGCUGGCUUGGGAGAAAACGCGUUCUGCUUUGAAGAGUCUUGAUUCCCAUUUGGAUCGUACGGAAAAGUUGGACCUGUUGCGGCUGGCGUCAGCUCCUGUGGUGGAUGCUAACCAAGUGGAAUUCCUCUUCAGGCGUCAGGACCUGACCCCACAACUGGAACAAGCCGAGAAUCUAUGGACUGUCGUAGACCACCAACUCAACGAGCUGCGACAGCAGCCCGCAAUGCCUGCGGAGGAACGGACGUGGCUGAAAGACCUGGAACGACAGGCAGAUGACUCUCAGCAUCGCUUAGUAAAGCUUCGGGAGCGAGCGUCUGCCGUGGCGCAGCUCUGCGCACGAUGGGAGCGCCUUCAGCAGCUGCUCCGACAGCUUCAGGAUGCCUUGAGCUCGGCAGUUAGGAGCUCCCGUCCAGUCGCUGACAGAGAACUAGCGGAGCUGGAUGACGCCAUAGCAGCAACAGAGGAAGUCCUGACCAGCGUCGAACGGGACUUCGCCAUCAGUAACGCGGACGAUCUUCACCAGACGCUGUCGCUGGCAAGAGGACUUCGCAGAACGUUAGCACUACCAGCGACCCCUAAAGACGGUUGGGAACGGCUUCGCGAGGCCUGGGCUCGCUUCGCCGCCUGCUGCCGGGAAUUAGGAAACAAGCUAACGGCUGAAGAACCUAUCGAAGAACCUGCCGUGAAGGAACAGCAUCUGGCAACGCUUAUGGAACCGCAGGUUGAGAGCUUAGGAGGAUUGUACAACAUCCUGGCUUCCAACGGCGAAGUUCUGCAGUAUACGCUGGGCAGAGAUGACUCGGCAGAAGAGGAAGCCAAGAACGGAAAAGCUGCUUGGGAGACCUUGAAGGAUAAAUUGAAUCAGAGAAUGAAGAAGCUUAACGAAGCCAAGUCGCUUCUAGAAGACCUGGACGUGCAAGACAAAGAGUUUUGUGCGUGGCUGGAAGACGCUGAGAACUCCAUCCGCGUUCCUGUUGUCUACCUCAACUUUCACGACGAGGAGAUUCAGCGUCAACUGCGCAAUGCCGACAUGAACCUGCAAGAUGCUCAAGACCAUUCCGAACCUCUGGAGACCCUUGACCGAACGGCAAACUCCUUGCUCAAGUAUUACCACGACUGCAUUCCAGCGGCACGCCUGGAACAGAUCAGGCUUCAUCUGGUAGAUCUGCAGAGACGGUGGGAAUUCCUGUGCACGGAGCUGAGCAACAGAAAAAUAAAGAUUCAAGGGACGGGCAUCUCUUGGACUGAAUUAAGAGAACGACUCGAAGCUGUCAAUUCUAGACUGGACGACACAGAGCGUGUCCGUAGAGGUCUUAAAGACUGCCAGGAACUUUGUGAUUUCAAGGACGCGGAACAAGAACGCCAGCGGUUCGAGGCCUUGCACCGAAGGCUUCAAGAAGAUCAUCUCCAUCUACAGCCAAUACACGACGAGUACCAACGGCUGGUGCAAGAGUCCAGCACAGACGUAGCGGGACAGCUCCGAACGGCAAUCCACGACGCGUACACGCGCUGGAUGGAGCUGCAAGGACUUCUCCAGCGUAAUCUCCAGCAGGUGCACGAACUGUGGAGCGGCUGGGAAACCUACGAGAACAGCCGCGAACAGUUGAUGUUGUGGCUGGCUGAGAUGGACAUGGCGCUGACGCAGCACGAAGUCCGCGGACCGAACACCAGGCCUUUGAACGAGCUGCAAGACGACAUGAACGGUCAACGGGUAAAGUUGCAAGAACUGCAAGGUGCUGCUGAAGACCUGUGCCAGCAUUGCGGACCAUCAGCAAAGGCAACCACUGCACCUCAAGUGCAGGAGAUGCUACAGUACUGGAACGAAAUUGAAACCCGGCUCGACAUACUACUUAGGAAGGAAGCAGAACCUGAGGUUACUGUUUCCGAAGAGCAGCAACAAACAUCCGCUGCGCCUCAAACAGCUCAAGCCAGUCCUCCAGAAGGACGGGUUACUCCAACUUUCUCCGAGCACGAAGAAAUUCCUCAAGACUUCCAACGCAUCUUAACGACGUGUGUCACAAGCGCAGACCACGCACGGAGACUCAAGAGGUUCCACGACAGUUCCGAAGAUGAUGAAACAGAUGAGUUACAGCGGCAGUGGGAAUCACUCCGGCCAGAAAUUGAAGAAUACGACGUGGCUACCCUGGACGACGAUGUGAUCCCGUCAGACACGCCCUUUUUAGCGAAGUUAGCGCGACUCGAAAGCUGGUUGGAAGACGCUGACUCCCGCAUGGAAGAAGUACAGCAGCCGAGUAACUUGGAAGAACUCGAAAUGGUGCUUAAUUCUCACGGCCAAUUUCUCCGUGAAUGCUCGCGGUACAGAAAUCUCCUAGACCAUCUCGACGCAUCACGGGAUGAACUCGUGAAAGAGUACGAAGCCUCUGGACGCCAGGGCGAAGAUCCAUCAGUGAGGUUACAGCGUACAAAGGACCGGUGGGCUCUUCUGUGCCGUUGGGCUUGUGGGCUCCAGGGACGCCUGUGCUGGUUCCUUCUUCACUGCAAGGAGUUCCGGUUGUCCCUGCGUGGCCUCCUGGCUUGGCUGGAAGUCCUCGAGUCUCGUGUAGGAUCUGCGGUACCAGUGGAAGAGGUCGAGACGCCAGAGCGGCUUAGCCGUCGAUACCGACGAUUCCUGGCACUAAACAACGAAUUACGACGCUGCGGCCAACGGGUUGGUGCCCUGAAGCAAGUGGCACUUCAUCCACCUCCAGAGGAGGUCAGCCCUGACUACCAGCAUGAAACAUCAGCCGAUAAACAAGAGGACGGUGCAGAUGUAAUGCAACCGCAGGAAACACUGCAGCAAGCCGAGGACCAGUUGGCCUCAUUGCAGGCUAUCUGUGAAGCUCAACUAGCGAGACUUCGGGCUGCCCUUUUUGCUACUGGACAGCCAUUGCCUCUACCAUCAGAGGUGUCCUACCAGGACUUGGAAAGCGAUACCGAAAAGGAAGACGCCGAAUCUGACACUGACGAAGGCAGCUGGGGGUCCUUCUGGGGCCGGGUUGCUCGUGCAGCCCUACCGAUCCAACUUUUGCUCCUGGUUCUCCUAGGGGCCGCCAGUCUUCUGCCCCUGUCGGAGGAGGACUUCAGUUGCGUACUUACGAAUAACUUCGCCCGUUCUCUGGACCCGAUGUUACGGUACCCUAACGGGCCACCGCCGAUAUAAGACCGACACGACGAUCGAGUUAUUACGCAUGUUCAUCAAAUUUCAUCUCAUUUCACGAAAAGAACAAGUUUUUAGUUUGUUUUAUCUACGUAUACGUUUAAACAUUUUGAGAGUUAUGGUUUUUCGCAUGGUUUCCGAUUACGGCGCGUGACAUCGAAGGAGCAGGUUAAUUUUUCGUAUUUUUCGAAGCUCCUCGAUAUUUUCGUCUUCUUUUUUACUUUGUUGUUUCUUUCGCACAAUUACUGCUCGCACAUUAAAAAGUACUCAUAAACGUCCAUUGACUUCGAACGUUAUACUUACCUUAGUUCGUGCCAUACCUUAUCGCCACCUUAACUUCAGCAAAUCGUGAGGCAGCCUUUGCUUGUGAUAUACUCCCUUCCCCCCCCCCCUCCUUAUCAAAGGAUGUAACAAGACCCGCGAUUGAUGCAAAACCGGUCAGCCAAUCGGAUCUAUGGGAUAACAGAUCCACCGCCCGUUGUGAUGUAAUGUAUUUCUUCGUAGCAUAAAGACAUUGAUGAACUUGGCUGACAGGGAGUGGCAAGUAGCUAUAGUUUUGUGAUCUUUUUUUUGUGAUUUCCGAACCUUGUGCCUCGCGAUACAGGUUGCUAUUAGAGUGUGUAUACAAUAUUUCUGCUCGCUGUGCUAACUUUAAGCUGUGCUUUUAGAAGUCUGUUACUGUUCGGGGUGACCGGCGGGGUCAAUAUUUAGGCGAAUGUUUUUUUUUCUUUCAUACUUUUUUCCCUUUUAUCGAGGCCGUAAAGUGCACUCGAAGUUGUUUAAUAUUUUCAGCGGCAGCUUGUGUAUCGUUAUCUCUGUUAUCACGCGUAGGUACAUGUUUAGAAUUGCGACUCGUGUGUGAUAAUAGAAGGAUGGUGCGCCCACCACUUUUGCGUUAUCUAGAAACAAAUUGCUCGAGCAGAGACUGUAAGAGUGCCUUGGCUGAUAAAGAAAUAAAUAGUUUAUCAAAGGA